AUACACUAUACACUGGGAGCUGUCUGAAACAGGCAACACAAAUCUUUCACUUCUUGAAAGAUUAUAUUUGAGAUUCUAAAGAUCAAUGCCAUAGCAGGACGAGAUCUGGUCCAGGCUGUGUCUCUUUCAUCAUGCAUGCAGAGAGAAGAUAUUGAGAGCCUUUUAAACCCUUUAAAGAGCUGGGGGAGCUAGCAGACAGAGGAGAUCCCUUUCAGCAGGUGACAGUGUGCUCAGUGUGGGUCUGGUCUGCCUCUCUCCUUAUGUACCCCCACUGGUGAAUGACGACCGGAAUAUGCAGCUAUCCACUGCCUCAGUACUGGACCUCUCAAGGACUGUCCUGGUCACAGAGGACAGAGACACUUUGUAUAACAGCUCAGGUAAGAAUCUGCUUGUGCUAGUUCCCAGCAUGUGUCCAAGCUCUCAUCCUUUUAUACCCUGUGCACCUGCUUCGUACAGAGAUCACCUCCUAAAUAGUUAAACAGGACUUUAUAAAAGCAAGUAACCUAGCACACAAACAGUUAAAACAGAAAUGUAUGCAUGUGUGGAGUGGAUACUGUAUUUUGCCAAUAGGAUUAUUAAGGAAGCACAGUAUAGAUCCCUAAGGUAUACUGUAACCCCUUCUCUCUGUGACAAAGUGUGAUACAUUGCAAUAGAUUGAAAAAUAGGUCUCCUGACACUUGCAGGCUUGAUACAGGUAUAUGCGGAUCUGAUGGGAGGGUAUACUGUUGGGGUGAAAUUAAUCUUGUGGAAACUAGUUUGUAUCUUAGCAUGCAUCAGUUUCUCAUUUAACCCCUUAAGGACACAUGACAUGUGUGACAUGUCAUGAUUCCCUUUUAUUCCAGAAGUUUGGUCCUUAAGGGGUUAAAGUCCAACAAUAUGGUGGUCCAGUGCAUAGAGUUAUUUGGGUUAAAAAAAAAAAAAAAGAAGAAAAAAAUUGCCCAAAAACACUUAAGUGACCCCCAAAUCAAACUAAAGGUCUUUUACAUACUAGAUAAUGAUUUGAGUAAAGCUUAUUGACAGUGUGUACUGUGGGUUUAACAGGAUCUAUAAACACUAUAAACACUGCACAGUACUAUAUGAACAACCUAUAUACUAGAAUAUAUUAUGAAUGAAUUAAAAUAAAAUGGCAGGUAUAUUAAUAUGCAACACUCAGUCCACUCUCUACAAAAGAUGAUAGGAAAGAAUAUAUAUAGUGUAAUUCAGAGAGACUUUUUAGAUAUAUUUUAUUUUUUAAGCACCUUUUUACUGACGAUUGCAAACGUAUGGCGUUGUCUUUUAUAAGAAGACUUUAAUUAGAGAAACAUGACAGCCAUAGUGAAUAGCUGCACUAACCCGAACAUACCCUGUAGGGCACUUUUCUAUUUUUGUAUGUACUCCUUAAAGGGGAAUUCUGUUCAACAACAAACAAGAAAAAGCAUAGAAAAAAAGCAGACAUUGUAUUACACAGAUAGCAUCAAAAUAACUCAGCGGUUUUUCCAAAGGGGUGGUUCCAGAGAUCAGCGAAGGUGCUAUUCAGAGAGAUUGGGUGGGUAUGGUUUUGAGAGAUAAAUGUAUGUAUUCUCCAAACUUGUAACUGUGUUGAAUGGAUGAUGGACCUUUAAAUUGUAAGCCAAAUAUCCAGGCUGCGGAGAUAAAAAGGCCAAAAUGAAGAAUUUUCCCAGUUUGGUAAUUUUGCUCUAAAAAUUCCCAUUCCCUUGUCAGUCCACAAAUUACCAAAUAAGUCAAGAUAUGUAUAUACAUAAGAGCAGGUUUGUGGUGGAAACAUAAAAAAAAGUGCAAAAAAUAGGAAAGCCAUAUUUCAUAUAUAUAUAUAUAUAUAUAUAUAUAUUUAAUGUUAAAGAUAUGUGCUUGUACAUCUGUGAAGUUCGCACGAUUGGGGGUAACUACAGGUAUGCUGGUCAGUAAGAUAUGUGCAUAGGAUUGGACAUUACACACACUUCUGUUAUUGAAUCAAAAUCUGAAAAAUGUUUUAAAGUGUGCAUGUUUAUUACUGAAAAAAAUAUAUAAAACAGACACAACAUGAAUUUUUUUUUAUUGUUUUAUUAUUAUUUUUACUAGUACAACACAUUGCUUAAAUUGUGUAACAUAAUUAAGGGAGCCCUUCCUAGCCGCUUUAAAUAUAAUGCUUUUUUGUUGAUUGUACACAAAAUGGUGCAAUUAUGUUUGGGGUUAUUAGACGUGAGAGUUUCAGAACACCUAAUUGAGGUAUUUUCUCAGCCCAAAUGCACCUAAUAUAUAUUUUUUUCCAUAUGCAUAUUAAAUAAAUCCGUUACUAAAUGCAGUAAAAUUAAAAAGAUGUUGGAAAACCCAUUAGAACAGUGAUGCGGACGCCCAAGAUAUUUCUGAACUACAAUUCUCAUAAUCAUUAUGGAAAGUGUGCUUUAUGAACACCUGGAGUGCCAUUAUCACAGGUUGAAAACUUCAACAGAGCAAUACAUGCAAGGAACCCCUGGUGUUGUGAGAACACUGAUUCUGAUUUCAGUUGCAAUAGGUGCCUUUGGUGGUCCAAGGCAGCAUCACUAGUGGCUCUGCAGAGACCUCCUGCAGCUGUACAGGUGGGGUGAUAACUGUUUACAAUAUUAAGGAAGCGACAGGUGUAAACUUCCUUGUGGGUCACAGAUGAAAAGGCAAUGUUCUCACAGUCAACUGAACUGGAAAGAGGGGGGGCAGAGUACAUCUGUAGCUUGAAUAUUCUGUUUAUGCAAAAAAAAAAAAAAUGCAUCCAAGCCAUUGUAUUAAAUAUCUAUAGAAUCUAAUGAUAACCACUGUAGUCAGAGAAUUUCACAUUUAAUCUGCUUAUCGUAAAGAACAAAAGGGAGGCUGGCAAAGUAACAGCCUCCCCACCACAGUCCCUCCAUCUUGCCUGGAUGCAAUAUUAGGGUUACGUGGUAUGUAGGUGCAAUAUUUGAGUCAUCUAAGGAUUAUCAGGAAACCGGUAAACUUUAGUUGAACAUCCAGACUUAUUAAAGGUAUCCUAUAGUGCCAGGAAAACAAACCCGUUUUCCUGGCACUAUAGGCUCUUGGAGAGCCCCCCUCUCUCGGGGCCCCCUCCCUCGGUGCUGAGUGGAUUAAAACUCCUGUAGGGUUAAUCGCAAAAAACCCUUCAGCCACUUACAUUAAUCCAGCGCCAGGCUCCCUCAGCGCUGGUGACCUCUUCUCUCCUGUCGAUGUCAGCUCCCGAGUGGAGCUGAAUGCGCAUGCGCGGCCAGACACGCACGUGCAUUCAAACCCGCCCAUAGGAAAGCAAUAAUAAUAAUAAUUACUUAAUGCUUUCCUAUGGGGAUCUUAUUUGACCCUGGACUCCGUGAGGACGUUCAGUGUCAGAUAAGUGCGAUCGUGGAAGCGGCCUCUAGUGGGUGGCAGGGAGACAGCCACUAGAGGCUGGAUUAACACUGCAGUGUAAGCAUAGCAGUUUCUCUGAAACUGCUAUGUUUUCAGCUGCAGGGUUAAAACUAGGGGGACCUGGCACCCAGACCACUUCAUUGAACUGAAGUGGUCUGGGUGCCUAUAGUGGUCCUUUAAGCUUCUGCAAACAUACAACAGGAAUGCUGUCCUUUGGCAGCAGACAGGAACUGGCUAUAAUGUUUGAAUUUCACGCAGUUAUUUUGAUUGACGGGUGUUGGUGACCAAUGAUAAUGAAACAUGCAUUUGCAACAAAUAUGUAUAAACUAUAGAGAGCAAUGACAAUGUAAUGUAGCGGCAUAUAAGAUAUACAUGAGGAUAGAUAGACUAUACAUUCAAUAAAAGGUUUGUGGGGAGACCAAAUACAAUAAAACUCUCCACAGUGCAAAUAAAAAAAAUUAAAAAAAUAAUAAUGUCUGGUCUAGAUGUUGAAGUCUCUCUGAAAGCAUAUAGCAAGGUGACAAAAAGUUUGUGGUGAGACCAGACAUAAUAAAAUUCCCCACAGUGCAGCUACAAACAUUACUGUUAUGUAUUACCUGCAUAUCACAAGUUGUACUUUAGAAGCCUAGUUUGAGCGCACAAAUUUGAGAAAUCAUAUGUGCCCAAGAAGGAUUUCUUGAUAUGCAAGUACAUAAGAGUAUUUUUUUAAUUAUAUAUAUAUAUGAUUUCCCGCGAAUUCAGCUGAAAAUGCAACUUAUACUGACUUCUCCAGUCUCAAAAUUAUUCAAACCCUUCAUGGCAAGCAUCUUUAGUACUUAGUACUCUUAGGUCUCUUUAGUAUGUAGUAGAGCACCUUUUUGCUGUUAUGACCUGCUGCAAACGAGAUGCAUAGCCAGACACCAGCUUCUGGUAGAAUUCCUGAGCAAUUUCCUCAAGUUCAGUAAUAUUCUUGGGUUUGUGUGUUGUAAUCGCCUUCUUCAAAUCCCACCAGAAAUUUUCUUCAGGCAACUGAUGGCCACUGUAGAAUUUUUUCAGAACUACUUCUGCAGCCGAGUCUUGGUGGAAUCUAAAGUAUGCUUGUGAUCAUUGUCUUGUUGGAAGGUCCAAUGACGCUUGAGCUUCCUCACAGACGGCAUGACGUUUGCUUCUAGCAUUUCCUGAUUCUUCAAUUAAUCUGUAUUGCGUUCUACACGCUGCAGGUUUCCAGUGCCAGAGGAUGCAAAGCAGCCCCAGAGCAUCACUGAGCCACCACCAUGCUCAACUGUAGGCAGAGUGUUCUUUUCAGUGUAUGCUUCAUUAUUCUUCCUCCAGACAUACCUCUGAUCCAUUAGGCCAAAAAGUUCCAGUUUCGUUUUAUUGCUCCACAGAACAAAAUCCCCCAAUCCGGCUUACUUACAUGAUUUUGAGCAUAUUGGAGCCAACUUUUCUUGUGCUUUUGAGUCCUUAGUGGUGUACAUCUUGGAGUUCUGGCAUGGAAAAGUUCUGCGUUUUGUACGCGCCUAACUGAAACCUCAGUGCCUGUUGCCUCCAAGUCUUGCUGCAGGUCAAAAUCUGGUUGCAGCCAUUGAUAGCUUCCUUUUUCUUCCCCACCCAGGUAGUGUAAACACUGUUGCUUCAACUUUGAACUUGCUAACUAUGCUUCCAAAUGUGUCUCUAGGAACAAUCUGUGCUUGCGCUUUUUGUAUCCUGCUCCUUGUUUGUGAAGGGCGAUUAUCUCUUGCCUUAAAGGGACACUCCAUGCACCCAGACCACUUCUUCCCAUUGGAGUGGUCUGGAUGCCAACUCCCACUACCCUUAACCCUGCAAGGGUAAUUAUUGCCGUUUUCAUAAACUGCAAUAAUUAACUUGCAUGGUUUAACUCCUCCUCUAGUGGCUGUCUACUAGGCAGCCACUAGAGGGCACGUCCUGCUUCAUAGCAUGGGUUUUCUGUGCUACAGGACCUCCAGCGUUGCUAAAAUCCCCAUAGGAAAGCAUUGAAAGCAGUAGUAGAAUUAUAUAUAUAUAUAUAUAUAUAUAUAUAUAUAUAUAUAUAUAUAUUUUUUUUUUUAUUUUUUUAUUUUACAAAAUUAUUUUUAUCUAUAUAUAGAUAUAAAUAUAUAGUGAUAUAUGUAUAUACUUAUGUAUAUAGAUAUAUAUAUUAUUUCGUUCUACAUGUAUUUAUUAUUAUUUUUUAUGUAUUUACACACAUAUAUAUAUAUAUAUUUUUAAUAUCAUUGUACGUGUAUUUUGAUAUUUAUCCAGGAGCUGUCCAGGAGGUGGGAGGGUCUGGGAGGGAGGGUCUGCUGUUGAUUGGCUGGAAUGUGUCUGCUGACUGUGAGGUACAGGGUCAAAGUUUACUCAAUGAUGAUGUCCAUUCGGCGAACAGUUCGGGACAUCAAUAUAUAAUAUAAUAUAAUAUAAUAUCCCACCUCCUGGACAGCAUCCAUUGUGAAGCUGCAUUCUUAGUGAGCUGUCCAGGAGGUGGGAGGGAGGAUCUGCUGCUGAUUGGCUGGAAUGUGUCUGCUGACUGUGAGGUACAGGGUCAAAGUUUACUCAAUGAUGCAUCCGCGGCGAACCAUUCGGCGAACAGUUGGGGACAUCAAUAUAUAUAUACAUACACACACACAUAUAUACACAUACAUACAUAUAUACACAUAUAUACAUACACACACUUAGAUCAUAUAUAUAAUAUAUAUAUGAUCUAAGUAUAUAUUAUUUUUACACUGUAUUAACUUAUUUUAUUUUUAGACAGCAGGGGGAGUACCUGUCAUUACAGGCACUCCCCCUGCUGGCAAUGCCUUGGACAGCUAUGCCGUCCAUGUGAUCGCGAGGUCCUCGCAAGGGCCUCGCGAUCACAUGGCCCAGGGGGGCCGAAGAGGAAGGAGGGGGACUCCCUGGGCUCCCAGGUAAGUGCCCAUACAGUGAUCGCCGGUGUGGGAUCGCCGGCGACUGGGUAAGUACAUAAGAUCGUAGGGCAUUCUACGCCGCCCUGCGGCGUUUAGAGCCACCAAAAUAGGGACAGCAUAGAAUGCCCUGCGGUCUUAAAGGGGUUAAAACCACCUUCUAGUCCCCCUGGAUCCCUCAUGCCUCCAUAAAUAUAGCAAAAUCUUACUGUAUUCAAGCCUGAAGCUGUAACUCUGCAUGCUAUUUGACUCAGAAAACAAGCAGUCUGCUGACAUCAUCAGAAGUGGUAGCCUGAUCCAAUCACAAUGCUUCCCCAUAGGAUUGGCUGAGACUGACAAAGAGGCAGAUCAGGGGCAGAGCCAGCAUGAUUCAAACACAGCCCUGGCCAAUCAGCAUCUCCUCAUAGAGAUGAAUUGAAUCAAUGAAUCUUUAUGAGGAAAGUUCAGGAGGAGAUACUGAAUGUUUGGAUGCAUUUUAGGCAGCCAUGACCCAGGAAGGAUCUCUAACAGCCAUCUGAGGAGUGACCAGUGGAGUUAUCACUAGGCUGUAAUGUAAACACUGCAUUUUCUCUGAAAAGACAGUGUUAACAGCAAAAAGCCUGAAGGUAAUGAUUCUACUCACCAGAACAAAUUCAAUAAGCUGAUAAGCUGUAGUUGUUCUGGUGACUAUAGUAUCCCUUUAAUGUGCUUAUCAUAAAGAACAAAAAAAAAAAUAUAUGAAAACAUAAAUGCAUGCAUAUAUUAUAUAUAUAUAUAUAUAUAUAUAUAUAUAUAUACACACACACACACACACACACACACACACACAAUCUUAUUUUACAUAUUUAGAUGUUUUUAUUAAUUAUAUAUUGAGGAAUCUGCCUGACAUCUCAAAUCUGUCAAUCACGCUGAUCUGAGUUAUGUGAUCAUGGUGUCAUUGCGAUCACCUUAUUAUUAUUGGUAUUUAUAUAGCACCAGCAUAUUCCAUAGCGCUUUACAAUAUUAUAGGAGGGGGAAAUUUAACAAUAAAUGAGACAAUUACAAAAACUUACAGGAACAAUGGGUUGAAGAUGACCCUGCUCAGACAAGCUUACAGUCUGUAGGAGGUGGGGAAUGAAACCAGGGACGUAUCUUACACGAGGCAAACAAGGCAUCUGCCUUGGGCGGCACUUUGCAGGGGGCGGCAAAAAAAGCGCCCCGAACGCCCAGGCAGAUCCCUUGCUUGCCACGUGUUCUGGGGGCUCAAGAGCUGGUCGGUUGACCACUUUUGGGCCCCCCCCCCCCGAGGCUGGCGGUGGGCAGCAAAGGAGCAAACUCACCUGAGCUCUUCAUGCUCCUUCCGUGCCGCCUAAUGAAGCCGGAAUAUGAUGUCAGAACGGCUCCCAGCAUCACUGAGGAGCACGCAAGGGAGCUGAGCAGGAAAAUCAAAGCUCCCUCGCCGCCUACUCAGCCUGUCCAUCCCCUUCCUGCCCGCCCAGCAGCCCUACUGGACAGGUAAGGGAGGCUGGGUGGAUUUAAAAUAAGAAAUAAUUUGUGUGCGUGUGUCUGUGAGUAAAUGUGUGUGUGUGGUGUGUGUGUCUGUGAGUCUAUGAGUGUGUAUGUGUGUGUGUGACUAUGAGUGUGUGUCUUAGUGAAUGUGAGUGUGUGCGUCUGUCAGUGAGAGUGUACGUCUGUCAGUGUGUGUCCGAGUAAUAGUGUGUGUCUGUCUAUCAGUGUGUCAAAUUAGUGAGUAUGUGUGUGUGUGUCAUUGUUUGUCAGUGUAUAUGAGAGUGUGUGUCUGUCAAUAAGUGUAUGCAUCUAUCAGUGAGUGUGUGCGUCUGUCAGUCAAAGUGAAGCCUUCACUGGAAGGAGUGGGGAAAAUUUAAAUUAAGGGGGGUGCCCGAGCACCGUCCUGCCCAGGGCAGCACAAAUCCUAAAUACACCACUGAAUAAAACACAUCACAUGACUCAGGUAGGCUGGAUUGGGUGCAGGUGAACUGCCUUGGUUGUAAGACAGUCCCCCACAGGAGGGCCUAAUCAUUAUAGCAUGCUAUGCCACCGCAACGUUGUUAAAGCCCUCCUUUUGUAGGACAGCAUAGCACGCCCGAACGUCUGGCGGAGCGGUUUGGCAUUACCUUCCAUUUAUAUAACUUGUCUAAACUUAUAGCAGCUACACUGCAAGUUUAAAAAGGUAAGCUGUAAGAAAUGCUUGUGCCACUGCCUUACAUAUUCCAUCGUAAGCUCUUAAGGAACCUCGGGGGAGGUAGGCAGCUUUCUCUUUUGAUCUUUAUACAUAUCUGCAAAGGGAACUGUAAAUGGCAGCAUUCCAUUACGUCUUCCCAUACAGUAAGCAAGUUUAAAUAUGGAACUGUAUUCAUGCAUUCUAGAGGGAGAUCUCAAUAUUUAUUGGUAUAGAACGGAUUUGUACAGGGUUUGCAUCUUGUAUACCUUUGUAUAGUUUAAUCCUCCAACACUACAUGUUGACUGAUAUUAUUUUUUUGUGUUUUUAUUAAGCUGCAUUGAUAGAAAUACACGUAAGCAAGAUGUAUGACUCUUAGUAAGAUUACGAAGGUGACAUAUUUUGAGCAUACCUGCUGUAUGUGACAAUUUCUGCUUGUAUACCAAUAUUUCAGACCCUGUAAUCAUAUCUAGGGUAGCAUAAUUGUGAUCGAUUAGUCCAGGGGUGCCCCAAAAAAGAUCCCCAGAUGUAAUAAAACUACAGCUUCCAUGAGGCUUGGCCAUUCUAAAAGCAUUCGGAGUAGUUGUAAUUCUACAACAUCUGGGGGAUCUACCUUUUGGGCCCCUGUGCUCUAGUCUAUAUACAUCUUUACCUUUAUUUUUUUUUGGCACAUGGUCUUUCCAGGCAGGACCUAAAUGAGUCCCUGUGGGUCCAUUAGAAUCAAAUGACAAGUUGGCCAUUUGAUUCCUUUUGAAUAUAUCUAAAAAGGAUUACAUACAACUAGGUGGAUGGCACCAGAGGUGAUUGCACAGCACCCUGAGGCAUGGAUGGGAUCAUGUGAUGCCUCACCUCCAAUUUGUAAUGUUUAUAGAACCCCAGGCUGGGGUCAGUGUGUGACAUUAAUCCAGGUUUUAUGUUCAGGGUCUGAUUAAAAUACUAAAAGGGGAUCUCUUUGCUGAUCAUAGCCAGCCCACUGAUUAAAGAGGAGCUGCAGCCAGUGACGAGUGUGAUAGAAGUUACAGAAGUGUGUUGGGUAGUAUGUGAAGAGACAUCAUUAUAAGUGGUGGAGUGAGGGCAGUCUCAGCAGAGCAUUUUGUGCUUUUUUUUUUUUUACAGAGUUGAAUCUGCUUCUCCUUUGUCAAUUAAAAUAGGUCUACCCUACCUUCUUUAGUUUUCAAUUGUUGGGAAACUCAAGUUCAGAGCAAUGAGCUUAGCGUUAAAAAUGUUAAAUUGUCUGAACUAUAUUAACAAUUGUGUUGAAAUACAAGUUUAUAAAACGGGACACUCCACUGCCGAAAUAAAAUAAAAUUACAGUUUAGUAUUAGAGAUGUCGCAAACCGUCCGCGAACUUCUCGCAAACGGUUCGCCACGAACCGUUCGUGGCGAACUCCGGGCAGCUGACACAUCCCGGCCAAUCUCCAGCAGACCCUCCCUCCCAGACCCUCCUACUUCCUGGACAGCAUCCAUGUUGAAGCGACAUCUCUAUUUAGUAUAUACACCCACAAUGAAAACAUAUGGCAUCUAUUUGUGCAUUAUUUCAUUGCAAAAAGCUGCACAUCUCCUGUCUGCUGCCUUUGCAAGCCCUCCUGGUCUAAUCAAGCCCAGACUGUGGCUGUCUGAUCACAAACUUCCCAAUGCAGCUCAAUGAGAAGUCUUUGCAAGGCAGGUGCUCUGAGCAAUUGCUGCCUCUUGAGUUUAGCGCAACUGAGCUAACCAAACCAGGAAGUAGCAGGACCGGUUGUCUAAUUGACUUCCAUGAGGUUGUAAUGUUAAUUUAUAUUAAUGUUAAUUUAUAUUAAAAAAAGUGCCAAUGUCUAUUGAGAACUGCAUUUAAAAAAUAAAUAAAGUACAUAAUCUUCAUACAAUGCAAAGUGUCCCUUUAACCAUUAGUCAAAGUUUUACGUGUGACUAUUCUCAUUGAAGAAAGUGGAAAAUGUGUAGUUCAGUGAACAUUUUAUAACACAACAAAUGGAUGGCGAACCUGUUUAGUACAAAUGUUGGGAACAACGGCCAGAUGAGCAUGGGGAGAUUUUAGGCUUUUGGGGAGCUUUAUGAUGCAGCAAGUAGUAAAAGUACUUUUUUUUUGAUUAGCAGACACCAGCUCAGAAAGGAGGUUUCACUGAAAAUCUGGAAGAAUGAAAAUUAACAGCUGGCUAUGAAUUAUUGGACACACUUACUAUCCACAACUCUGUUAAAAAAAAAAAAAAAAAAAGUGUACUCAGACUCGCAUUUUUCUACCUUGAGAGAUGUAGGAAAUUGUGUUAGACUUAACUGAGAUUUUGCUUAAUUGCUACUAAGUUUCUGUGGGGUUUUUUCUGAGCAAACUGCAUUAUUUGUUUCAGAAAUUCAAGAGAAGUACACCGAGGAAACUGUCACACUUCUCAUGGAUUUUCCACAACAUUGAAUAACUAAUUGCAAGUACCAUUUUGAGUUUGUGUGUAAAAAGUAAGAAUUACAUAUUUGUGCCCCCUCCCCCAACCUGCUAGGUGCACGGGAUCGGACACAAGGAGGGGAUUAUUUUCAUGGAAGAGCUGGGGGUGAUGGGAAACAUGGAAGGGCUUGCUUGGGGGGGUGACACACAUGAAGGAGCUUGGGGGAGAUGGGACACAUGGUGGGGUUUGGGGGGGAAAGAAUGAGACAUGUAGGGGCUUGGUGGGUGAAUGAGUCACAUGAAGAGUCAAGGCAAUUUUCACACUGGAGCCUGGUGGUUUCUAGUUAUGCCUCUGGAAGCAAUUAUUUAAGUUAGUAAUCCAAAAUUUAACUUAGAAUUUGAGCAGUUCAACAUCUGUUCAACCAUAAUUUACCUCUUUCAUCCUACCUUUGCUCUCUCCUAAAGGGCAGCACUUUACUCUCUCCUCCAGAUCUGCUUCAUUCCUUCCUGUCCUAUUGUGUUUUAUACCCCACCUCCUAUAGACUGUAAGCUCGUUUGAGCAGGGCCCUCUUCAACCCAUCCAGGGCCGGACUGGCCCACCGGGAUACCGGGAAAUUUCCCGGUGGGCCGCGGCACCUAGGGCUGGGCUGAUCGCCCUAAUCAGUGAUCAGGCACCUGUAAUCCCGGCCGGCUUUGUGUGAGCUGUGCGGCCGCACAGAACCCCGUGGAAGCAGGGGGAGCAAGGCGGCCGGCACAGCUCACACAUGGCCGGCCGGGAUCAUUAAAAAAAAAAUGUGGUGGGGCGGAGCUAGUGUGCGGCGGGGCCUAGCGUGCGGUGGGGCGGAACCUAUCGUGCGGUGGGGGCGGGGCUUAGUGUGCGGCCCUGGUAACCGCUGCAUGGGAAGCAAGGAGGAGUCCCUGCUUCCCCAACAACCAGCCUCCAGGAGCUCCAAGAGAUGUGGAGGUAAGAAGCAGGACAGUGUGACUGCCUUGGAGUUAGUGACUGUGUGUGUGUGUGUUGGACUGCCUGCCUCUGUGUGAGACUGCCUGCCUCUGUGUGAGGCUGUCUGCCUCUGUGUGUGUGUGUGUGUGUGUGUGUGAUGCUGCCUGCGACUGUGUGGCUGCCUGCCUGUGUGUGACUGUGUGUGUGUGGCUGCCUGUGUGUGUGAGAGAGACUGUGUGUGACUGUGUGUGUGACCCUCUGUGUGUGGCUAUCUGCUAGUGAGAGAGAGCGAGCUUCUGUGUUUGUGUGUGUGUGUGUGUGCACGCGCAUCUGCUAGUGAGGGAGCCUCUGUGUGUGCACGCCUGCUAGUGAAUUUGUGUGUGUGCCUGCUAGUGAGUGAGCUUGUAUGUGUGUCAGUGAGCUUGUCUGUAGGGAUCAUAUGUGUGUGUGCGCGUGUUAGUGAGCUUGUCUGUAAGGAGCAUGGGUGUGUUGGAGCCCGUCUGUGGUGAGCAUGGGUGUACAGUGAGCUUGUCUGUAGUAAGCAUGUGUGUGAUCGUGAGCUUGUCUGUAGUGACCAUAUGUGUGUCAGUGAGCUUGUCUGUAGUGAAUCUGUGUGUUAUUGAGCUCUUCUAUAGGGAGCAUGUGUGUGUCAAUGGGCUUGUCUGUAGGAAUAGUGUGUGUGUGCAUUAGUGAGCUUGUCUGUAGUGAGUGUGUGUGCCAGUGAGCUUGUCUGUAGUAAGCUUGUGUGUGUAUCAGAGUUUCUCUGUACUAAAUUUGUGUGUGUGCCAGUAAUCUUGUCUGUGUGUGUCAUUGAGAUUGUCUGUCAAUGAGCCUAUUUGUGUGCAUCAGUAAGAUUGUCUGUGUGUGAGUAUGCUUUACUGUAUAAUUUCAUUACCCUGAAAGGACUAAUAUUUUGAAUUAGAAGAAGAAAUGUAUCAAUAAUAUAUAAAUAAAAUGUAUCAAUAAUAUAUAUAAAAAGUAAUAUAACACCCUACAUAGCACAAUGACUUAUGGGGCUGGCAUAGAUUUUUUAUUCCAGGGCUGCUUCGUAUCCCCAGUCCGGCCCUGAACCCAUCGUUCCUGUCGGUUUUCUUGUAAUUGUCCUAUUUAUAGUUUAAUUCCCCCUUUCAUAUUAAUGUAAAGCACUGCAGAAUCUGUUCAAGCUAUAUAAAUGGCAAUAAUAAGUAAACACACUUAUUACAUAUAGGGUUGCCACUUUAAAAAAAAAAAAAAAUACCAGCCAUGCUAAUUUGCAUAACUAAUUAUAUAUGCGUGACAUCUCAAGACACGACAUACAUAAGAGAAUGAAAACAUUUAGAAGGAGAAAAUAACUACCUAUAUUGGGAGUGUGUGUAUGUUAUUGUGUGUAUAUAGUAUAUAACAAUGCAUGUACAUGCCAUUUAUAACAGAGGUGAAUAUUGUGGUUCUGUUUCUCUCACCAUUCUUCCACCAGACUGCUGAAUACAUACACACAAUCAACGCUGUAUUUACCAUGAGGCUGACAAAGUAUUUGCCUUGGACGGCACUUUCAGGUGGGCAGCAAAAAAAGCCGCCGCCAAAUGGCCCGGCAAAUAGUUUUACAGCCUCUUGUCCUGGGGGGGCCAGCGACCCCCCGCGGCUGGCAUUACCUGAUGUUGGAGGUCAGGCGGCGAGGGAGCACUGUCCCCUGAGCUCUCCCUGCUCAGCUCCCUUAACGCGCCCCCACAGUGAUGCCAGAGCCGGAAUAUGUUGUCACUCCAGCUCCGGCACCAUUAAGAGGCGUGCGAGGGAGCUGAGCAGGGAGAUCAGAGCUCCCUCGCGCCUGCAUUAACUGCACUCUUGUCCCUCCAGCAAUUAAAAGGAUAUCCACUGGACCCCAGGGAAUCCACUCCAGCAAAAGUAUAGAGGCUGGAUGGAUUGCAAAUUUAAAAAAAUAAUAAUUGUUAGUGAGUGUGUGUCUGUCGGUGAGUGUGUUAGUGUAUCUGUGUCUGUGAGUGUGUGUGUGUGUCUGUUGGUGAGAGUGUGUCAGUGAGAGUGUGUAUGUGUCUGUCAGUGAGUGUGUUAGUCUGUGUGUCGGUUGGCGAGUGUGUUUGUUUGUCUGAUAGUGAGUGUGUGUAUGUCAAAGAGUGUGCGUCAAUGAGAGUGUAUGUCUAUUAGUGAAUGUGUGUCUGUCAGUCAAUGUGUAUGUCUGUUAGCGAAUAUGUGUGUCUGACACUGAGUGUAUAUGUGUGUCAGUGAGUAUAUGUAUCUGUCAGUUAGUGUGUCUGUCGGUGAAUGUGAGUAUUUCAGUAAAAGCGUGUGUCUGCCAAGCAAAGAGCGUAUUGGUUUUUAAAAGGAAGUGAAAUUUAGAAGGGGAGGGGGACAGCCUGAGUUUUGUCAUGCCUAGGGCAGCACAAAACACAACUGCACACAAUGCUAAAAAGACAGACUGCUAAAUACACACAGGCUGCUUAAUACACACACACCCCGACUGCUGAAUACAUGCACACGCUGAAUACUGAAUACAUACACUCACUGCUGAAUACACAAACACAAACGGCAAGCAGCCCUUCCUCAUUUAUUUGGCAACACCCUGCAAAAGAUUUAAUAUGACAUUUGUCAAAGGCCAUGGUAUGGAUCCCACCAGAGAGAAGUUUGAUAUGACCUGCUAGAAAGACUAUAGGCUUCUCAUGACUCACGGGUGCAGUCUCGAAGCAAGACCACAGGUUUCUGACAUUUUGGACAUUAGGAAAGUGUAUACUGUCGUUUCUCAGUGCAUUUUGUAUGCUUUGCGCAGCCAACACACUGUGGGCAGCAAUAAUACACCUAGUUAACCCCUUUUGUGACUGUAGCCAUUUCCCUUUUCUCUAAUGUAUCAUAGUCCACAUGUGGUAAUAGUGAAUCUGACUAAAUGGGACAUACAGCAGAGAUGAAAAACUUUUAGGGACUACAUCCGCCUACUCUGACUUCAUACAUAAGGUCCUGAAUUAUUUUCUAAAAUCCUGAAGGUAAUGAUUAUCAGCUAGUUAAGUCCAUGUGUUAUUGACUUUUUUUUUUUUUUUUUUAGCACAUCCUGUCCUUCCACUGGUGUCCCUUCCCCCAAUCCAUCACUUACCCGAGGUCAGGAUUACUAGUUGAUCCAGAACGCAGAAUAAUAUCACACCUAGGACUAAGGAUAAUGUUUAACUGGACCUUAGAACAGUCGGACUUAACAUAUCCAAGAAUAGUCAAAAUACUUGCCGAGGUCAGGGAUACAGAAUGAGACACAACGAUGAGGGAAGGCUAAAAAAGUCAACGAUACCAGAAAUCAGGGACGUCAAAACAAAGCCAAAGUCAAAUACCAGAAAUAAUACUAUCAGGAACACUCUCUCAGAUAACCAGCAAAAGGAAACCACGACAGGGCUGUGAGUAAAAGGAGAAAUGGGUUAAAUAACCCUUUUGCAGAUCCGAUUGGCCGUAACCGGCCUUUGACCCCAAAACGUGCGUGUCUUGCGUGAUGUCACAUGCACACCAUCAUCACCACGCUUCGAAACUGAAUGAUUUGGAUAUCCUUUUACAAUAUUUCUGCAGUGCUCGCGUAAUCUUAUUUUUAAACAUCUUGUGGCCAUCCCAACAUAUUGGAGGCCACAUGGGCACUCCAACAAAUAAAUACAUUUUUUAGCACUGUAACUAAUAAAAUCUUUAAUAUACUUUUUUUGGUUUUAUUAGAUAUAAAAUGUGAGGUUUUGGAUGGUACAGAUAUGUCAGUACUUUUACAGACUACACAGCAUUUGCAUUUAUAAAAUAAUUUAGCUUCAGUAAAAAAGGACGUUUGUAAUUUUUAAAUUAAAUAUAGAUUCUCUUGUACACCCAUUCUAAGCCCUUAGAAAGAGGAGAGUCGUUAAUGGUCUUUUUUUUUUUGGUGUCAAUGAUGGUUGUGAACCACUGCUCUGUCAAGCUUCUUUUUUAAUCUCGGAUACCUGAAGUUUCUCUUUGACUGUGUUGCUGGCAAGCCCUGUAUUAUUGAGUGACUUUGUUUUUCUGGAAUCACGUCGUGCUUUAAGAGAUGUCUGCAUGCGUAAUAACACUGCUUACUAAUCAUCACUAUUAAUAAUCUAACAGAGCUGUUUUUCUAAUGCAUUCCUCUGUACCAUCUGCUAGGUCUGUGACACACAAAAAAAAGUAUUAAAUAGUAAACCUAGAAAAGAAUUAUUUAUCAAAGCUUCACAUGUCUUCAAACCACUGUGCAGUUUAAAAUGUUCAGAUGUUUAACUAUUUAAAUACCAUUUGGCAAAAAAACCUUAAACACCACCAUCUUUAACUUAAAGAACCUGCUCUGUUUGUCAAUCCACAAAUAAUAAAAAUACUUUAUUCUCUACCAUAACUAAAAUUGUCUCACUAAGAAAAUAUUACCGGCGUACUAACCAUAAAUUCAUCUUCUGUCAAAAAGUACGACAGAAGGCUGCAUGUGCCCAACUGUGCAAUAUCCUAAUGAAUUACGGUUUGGAGGCCCUUUGAUGCCCAGGCUAAAUGUAAUUUUUUUUCUUAACAUAAAAAAAAAAACUGCUUUGAGGAAGAGAACUAGAUACAUUGUGUAAUUCUGUUUCAAGGAAAAUAGCCUUGGCUUCAUACAACUUCUCUUUCUGAAUCGAAUCAAUUUGCAUAGUACAUAUAACUGUUUACGUCUAGCAUACGUCAUGUCCCUGAACAUUCACAAUGGCUGACGGAGAAGUCUUUAAGAACAAGCCAGCCAUCCACACUUGCACAGAAUGCUCAGUAAUGAGGCGGUGUAGACUCAAGCCGCGCAUGUGUAUAAUGUGUAUUAUUUCAUUGUCCCAAAGGAGAUCACUAAAGGGUUUAUUCAUUAAGAUAAUUAAAAUCAGAAUUGCAAAAUGUAGGCUAAAACAAGCUAAUGUUUGGUUUUAAAUGUAACACAAUUCAGUAUUUUGUGAAUAAGACAACAAGGAAUUUAUUGAUUAAACUGUGAAGUCAGGAGAAAUCGACCACAGAGAAUUACAAUAUUUAGACCAGCCAGAAAGAUUACGGAGUUGAAGAAUUUCUUCUUUUUCCUUCAGUUUGGAUUUUGGGGUUUGAAAAUGUACUAACUGAAACGAGGUAAACUGGAAUAGUGUAAGCAAAGGGGCCAGGAAGUAGACCCCCUGCUUUCUAGAACUACAAGUCCCAUGAGACUUUACCAGCCUUAUGGUAGUUGUUCUGUACCAGCUGGAAAUCCAUCUUUUGGCUAACCCUGCUAUACAUUUUUCACAAAUAAGUAUUGUUUAGUCAUUUUUUUCCCCAAUUAAAAAUUUGGGGACAAAAAUCCCUUAAUUUUAUUGUUUAAAUAAUAUAAAUAAAACCCCAGAUUUACUUUUCUUUUAACAUGGAAGAGGUUAGUAGUUGUCCAUUUCCUAUCUAAAAGCACAUACGUUUUAUGCAAUUUUGUUCCCAUGGAAGUAAGGAUUUCUACAGCUUUUACCCACUAUAUUAGUUUACUGCAAACUGCUAAAGUCAGGUUGCAUCCAAUCACAAUUAUCUGUAUUUUUUCCUGCUAACUCCAAUGGGGUAAGAUCAGGGGUCAAGUCCUGGGGAAAAAAGUGUGGGAACUCACCCAAGAUUCCUCCUCCCCCCCCCCCUUUUUAAAAAAAAAAAUUAUACUCCUAUGCAUAUAGUGCAGUGCAGGGUGUGUAUAAUGAAUGCAGUGUGUUUUUAGUGAGUGCAGAGUGUGUACAAUGAAUGCAGUGUAUGUAGUGUGUUUGUAGUGAAUGCAGAGUGUGUAUAGUGAAUGUAGUGUGUAGUGAGUGCAGAAUGUGCAUAAUAAAUGCAGAGUGUGUAUAGUGAGUGAAGAGUGUGUAUAAUGAAUGCAGUGUGUGCGUGUGCUGGAUGAUGUGUGUGCGCGCGCUGGAUGACGUGUGUGUGUGUGCUGGAUGAUGGGUGUGUGUGUGCUGGAUGAUGGGUGUGUGUGUGCUGGAUGAUGGGUGUGUGUGUGCUGGAUGAUGGGUGUGUGAGUGCUGGAUGAUGGGUGUGUGUGUGCUGGAUGAUGGGUGUGUGAGUGCUGGAUGAUGGGUGUGUGAGUGCUGGAUGAUGGGUGUGUGUGUGCUGGAUGAUGGGUGUGUGUGUGCUGGAUGAUGGGUGUGUGUGUGCUGGAUGAUGGGUGUGUGUGUGCUGGAUGAUGGGUGUGUGUGUGCUGGAUGAUGGGUGUGUGUGUGCUGGAUGAUGGGUGUGUGAGUGCUGGAUGAUGGGUGUGUGAGUGCUGGAUGAUGGGUGUGUGAGUGCUGGAUGAUGUGUGGGGGGGGGGAAGCAUUUUUUUCUUACUUUGUGUUUAAUAUUUAUUUUAUUCCCCCCUCCCUGCUUCUUACCUUGUCAGGGAGGGGGGAGAUCGCCUGGUGGUUCGGUGGAGGGAGGCAGCCGCUGCACACAGGAGCCAGCACACGCUGUGUUCCCUCUCCAGCUCUAACUCUCGCGAGACUCGCCUGUGCGGAGCGUUGCCAUGGUAACAGCCGCGGGUCUCGUGAGAGUUAUAGCUGGAGAGGGAACACAGCGUGUGAUGGCCCCUCUGUGCAGGUAGCAGGGCAGGUCCUGCAGGACAGGUAACGGGAACGGCGUUCCUGCUUUGGAAAAAGUGCAGGAACGCCGUUCCCAUGCGUUCCUGCAGGACUCGAGCCCUGGGUAAGAUGUAUUCACUAAACAUAAAAUAGCUAGAAAUCAAUCUAUGUACAUAAGAUCCAUUAUUCUUGUUAUAAAUUGCAUGUUAGUUACCGGUACAUACAUUAUUAGUAGUAAGUCACCUAAAAUGUCUCAGAAGAGUCCCUUAAAGGUGGGUAUCCUUCCAAGUACUUUUGAGAUGUUGGGAGUUAUGGAAUAGAGCAGAGAAAAAAAAAACGUUUAAAAAAAAAUGUUUGUGUAUUAAAUAGGCAAAUCAUUUAAUUUGUGUGGUAUUUGCACCAAGGAAUUGCAGGGUUACCACCAUUCUCAUUGAAACACAAGGUGUGCACAUUUGGAAAAAAAAAAAAAAUAAUAAUUCCCAAAUAAUCAUGUUUAAAUGUCAGGAAAGCACUCACAGGGUUAAUAGCAUAUGCCUACCUAAAUAACUCUUUAGCACUUUAUAGUAAAUCAUAAACAAACUAUAAAUAAUUACCAGUGGAGCAGUUAAUUUUCUGCAAACUGUAAAAUAGGCAGAGAUACAUCAGCAACACGGAAAGUAAAUUUAUCCCCCCUCCCCAAAAAAUAAAAUGUAGAAAAUGUGUUUACAGCAUGAGAGGAGAAGGCAGCAGUUGUAAGCACGAUAACUUAAAAGCCUUGAAUAAUCUAUAUUUGUCAAACCCCAGCAACUUUGCUCUGAGAACAGUUCCGUGGGUUGGAAUAAUUGUUACAUUUAUCAGGUUCUAACAGUGCGGAAUCAUAGCGCUUAGUCAUGUCUUGUUCUGACUGUCGCUUGUGAAUCCUACAUAAGCCAAAUUUAACUCCACCAUUACUGGAAAUGCAAGGAUACUGUACUUUUAUCCAGAAAAAGCCAGGACUCCCUUGAUAACUGCGUAGAGAGUUGUACUACUGCAUUUACAUGUCUGUUAGGUAUAUUCUGUAGUGACAUUGAUGUUACAGGUACUCCUCACUUACUGACCGGGUUCCUUUCCUACGACCCAGUCAUAGAACAAAUUAGUCGGUAAGAGAGUUAAGGGAUUCCCUGCUCUGGUGCGCUUGUCUAUGUUCGGGGAAUUUUCCCCGCACAUAGACGAACACACGAAAGCAGGGAAUCCCUCUAAUCUAUAUUCGGGCAUAGAUUAGAGGGAUUCCCUGCUCUGGUGCGCAUGUCUUUGUUCAGGGACAUUUCCCCGAGCAUAGAUGAACGCACAAGAGCAGGGAUCUCUUUAAUUCCCACCACGGCUCGCACUUACCACUCCGCGAGAGAGCUGGUCGUAAGUGCGAGCCAUCGUAAAACAGUUAAGUCACAAAACGAGGACCACCUGUAUAUAUAAUAUGUGAAUUUGAUGCAUGUUCGUACAUUCACAAAAACAUAAAAGUCAGAUAUUAGGCCAAAAUAACUAUAUAACAAUCGUAACUGAUUUGGAUACUGUAUCUAAUUCUCAUAAGCAAGAUAGCCAUAUUGCCAAGGCACUAAACAACUUUAGCUUCGUGAUGGUGUACAGAUCAUGCCCCCAGUUUCACUGCUCAAUUAUCUGUCAUUUUGGAGUUCAAAAACUUUGGUUAUGCAGCCCUGGGCACACCUCCCUGCAUGUGAGAUACACAGCCUUUACAGACCCUUCAUGUAAAUAGAUAUCUAAUGCUUAAACUUCCCGUAUUGCACAUUCUGUUUAAUUUAGAAUGUCUUUUCUCCGGCUCUGUUAAUAGCUUACUAAGCCUUGCAGUAGCCUCCUGUGUGUGAUAUUAAAGUUCAAUUUACAGAGCAGGAGAUAAGACGUAAGUGACACUAUAGGCACCCAGACCAAUUUAGGUCAUGGAAGUGGUCUGGGUGCAGUGUCCCUACACCCCUACCCUGUAAAGGUAAUUAUUGCAGCUAUCCUCAUGCUAUGCACCAAGACUUCCAGCUUCACUGGAAUCCCCAUAGGAACGCAUCCUAUGAAGAAAGCCUAAUGUGAGUGCGGCCAUUGCCACGCAUGCGCAUUAGGUCGGCGGGGAUGGAGAAAAGGCGAACCGAAGCCAACGCCAAGGGACAUCAGCGCUGAGCCCAUGUAAGUGACAAAAUGGCAUUUUACAUUUUAACCCUUCUGCAUCACUGGGGGCGCAGGCGAGGGGAAAGGAGGAAGAGCUUGAUGCAGGGGGAACCUGUAGUGUCAGCAAAACAAGUUUGUUUUCCUGGCACUUUAAUUUCCAUUUAUAAAGUAAGUUAACAUCUGAUUAAAAACAUUUUCAUGCAGGCAGUGUGAGGCACAGCCAGGGGAGGUGUGGCUAGGGCUGCAUAAACAAACAAAGGGAUUUAACCUCUUAAUGACGAGUGAUGGACGAGGUCCAUCACUCAGGGGAAACCCUUAACGACAAGUGACGGACCUUGUCCGUCACGAGGUAAAAUUACCCCCAGAUCGCGGCGAUCGCAGGGUUAAUGGUGCUCCGGUCUGCCUCUGUAUUAGAGGCAGACCGGGAGCACCUGAUCUCGCUGCCCCAGCACCGGCGCUCGCUCUGACAGCCUGUCAGAGCGAGCACAUGUGCUCAGUAUACUCACCUUCCGCCUCCCUGGACCUCCGGGUUCACUGUGAAGUGCAGGGAGACGGAUCAUCACUGAUCUUGUCCCUGUUAGAAAAAAAAAAAAAAAAAAUCAGAUCAUAGUAAAAUGUAAUCCCUGCCAAUUGAUCACUGACUACAGUCAUCAAUUGGCAGGGAUUAUUACUAUGAUCUGAUUUAACCCUUAGGGGUUACAUUUAUUUUAUUAAUUAAUUUAAGUAUUUUAAAAUUAUAAAUUUAGCUAGCUGGGGUGGGUGGAAGUUAGUGGGGAAUUGGGGGAUUUGGUGUUAGGCUAACUAGGGGUUAACAUUAAAAAAAAGUUUUAAAAAGCUUUAAAAAGUUCAAAAUUAAGUUAAAAAAAGUUUUAAUAACGUUUAAGUAAAAAAAUUAAACACCCCCCUUUAGCCAGUCCAAAUAAAAAUUAACCCCUUCCCUGCCAGUCGAUCACUGCCUACAGUAAUCAAAAUACAGAUCAAAGUAUUAUACUGUGAUCUAAUUUUGUUUAACCCCUGACGAUUAACUUUUAUUUAUUUUUUAACCCUCAGGGGCUCAAUUUAUUUAAUUAACUAAUUUAAAUAUUUUAUAAUUAUAUAUUUUGCUAGCUGGGGUGGGUGGGAGUUAUGGGAAAAUGUGGAAUUUACUGUUAGUGCUGCUUACUGCUAGUUAGGGGUUAACAGUAAAAAAGCUUAGAAAAAUGUUAAACCUGUAAAAAAUAAAGUUUUAAGAAAGUUUAGGAAAAUUAAUAAGCAAAACAAAAGUUUAAAAAACUAGUUUUAAAAAGUAAAAAAAGUUUAAAAAAGAAAAAAAAUACAUUUAAAAACACUCAGUACUACUAUACCUGGAACAAACUAGAGAAAAAAUAAUCCCACGCCAAGGUUCAAAAUAUGCCUUUUGAAUUAUCCCAGGGUGUAUUCUUUAAACCCUUAAGGACACAUGACAGAAAUAUUCUGUCAUGAUUCCCUUUUAUUCCAGACGGUGUGUCCUUAAGGGUUAGUAAAUAGUAUGUGUUUGUGGAGAAGUUUCAAUAACCAACCGUCUAAACUACUCCAAAUUGGAACAUGGACACAGCGUAAAACUUCAAAGUUAGAAAAAAACUGAAUGGCUGCGUCUCAAAUGUGCCCCUUCAACAUCCACAUAUACCUGGCAAAGGUACAUGCGGGGGUAUUGCUGUACUCAGACCACAUAGCUGAGCAACAUAUGAAGUAUUAUACAGUUGUAGCUCACAUAAGGUUUGCAAAAUAUACUGUGCAAACUCACUUUGUGUGUCAAAAAGGCAGAAAAAACGCUUAUUACCACUACACUUGGUACAAGCUAGCGGAAAAAUGAUCCCACGCUAAGGUUCAAAAUAUGCCUUUUGAAAUACCCUGUGAUGUCUUCUUUAAGAAAUGGUAUGGCUUUAUGGGGUAUUUGGAUUAUAUAGCCUGGUAAAAUACUCUAAAAUGGGACAUGGGCACAGUGUAAAAAUGUAAAGUUUGAAAAAAACUGGAAUGGCUGUGUCCCAAAUGUGCCCCUCCAAUGUCCACAUAUACCUUGCAAAGGUACAUACGGGGGUAUUGCUGUACUCAGCCGACAUAGCUGAGCAACAUAUGAAGUAUUAUACACUGGUAGCACACAUAAGGUUUGCAAAAUAUACUGUGCAAACUCACUUUGUGUGUCAAAAGGGAAGAAAAAAACGUUUAUUACCACUACACUUGGUACAAGUUAGCGGAAAAAUUUACCUUUUGAAAUACCCUGGAGUGUCUACUUUAAGAAAUGGAGGGCCUUUGUGGGGUAGUUUGAAUUUAAAACCUGCGAAGAUGCUUGGAAGUUGCACACCGGCCCAGCGUCAAAAUUCAAAGUUAGGUGAAAACUGAUAUGGCUUGGUCUCCUAUAUGGCACUGUAGCUUCACGAAAUAGUGCCAAAGACAUUCAUUGGGGGUGUCUUUUUACUCAGAAAACUUAGCUGAGCAUAAUUUGGGGGGUUUGAACUUAGUGGCACAUAUGAAAUAUACAAAACGCCCAGCAAAAAUGCAAUCCGUAUGUAAAAAAAAAUGCACAAAAUAAUUUUUUACCACAUACUUUGGCAUAUAUUGGUGAAACAAUGGUGGCAUGUUAAGGCACAAUAUGCACCUUAUGAGAUACCCUGGAGUGUCUACUUUUACAAAUGGUAGGCCUUUGUGGGGGUUUUUUGAACAGUCAAACUACUAUAAUACCCCAAAUGGAAGCAUAGGCACAUUAAAUCCGUCUCUCAAAAUUCUACUGUGAAUACUGAAAAGGACAGGUAUCCUAUAUGGCACUGUAACUUCACGAAAUAGUGCCAAAGACAUACAAUGGGGGUGUCAUUUUACUCAGCAGAUGUAACUGAACACAUGAGAAUUUCUUUGUUAUAAGUUUGUGUGCCAAAAACCAAAAAAAAAACCCCCACAAUUUUACUCCCAAUAUUUUUUUUGCAUUUUUCAUAAUAUAUAUAUAUAUAUAUAUAUAUAUAUAUAUAUAUAUAUAUAUAUAUAUAUUACAUCAAAUUAAAGCCCUUUCUGUCCUUUAAAAAGAAGGUAUAUAAUAUGUGUCGGUGCAAUAAAUUAGUAAAAUGCAAAUUGCAGUUGAACGUAAACAGCAAAAAAUGCUGUUGUCAUUAAGUGAAAGACAAGCUUCUGAAGCUCUGUCCUUAAGGGGUUAAAGUUACUCUAUAGGCACCCAGACCACUCAGUCCCUGACCCCGUAUUCCUGCAAUGUAAAUCAUUGCAGUUUUUGAUUACAUUGCAGAACUAAGUCUGCCUCUAGUGGCGAUCAGUCAGGUGACGUCCAAGGAGGCGGAGCACCGACCUAGCGCCAAGGGAGGCCAACGCUGGAAUCGGCUUAGUGUUACAAGGGCAGAGGGAGCUAUAAUGUAACACCAUAGAAUACUUAUAAAUGGCAGAAAAUGUAGCAGUGAGACUGCAGGGGCAUGAUCUAUGCGCAAAAAUAUAAAGUUGUUAUGGUGUCUAUAGUGUCCUUUUACCUCCUAAAUGGCAGCAAAUUGAGCAGUGAGACUACAGGGGCAUCUAUGAUCUAUACACCCAAACUAUUUCAGUAAACUAAAGUUGUUUUGAGGUUACAGUAUCCCUUUAAAUGAAGCACCUCAUGUGUUGACUAAAGGGAAGCUCUAUGCAUUAGUACCACUUACAGCAGUCCAAGACAUUAUGAUACCUGGGUCCAAGGAUUAAAUAAUCCCCAAUAAAAUAAUCCCCCAAUAAUCAAAAAAAACACGCCCACCAAAACACAUACACAGACACUUACAGGUUUCAAUAAGCCAUAAAUGGGUUAAAUGUUAUUAGGCUAUGUUACACCACUGAAAUGAUAAAGAAAGCCAAAAAACAAAUAAUCAAAUUAAAAGAGUACAGACAAUUUAAAGUGUGCACACAACCAGUAUUCAGGUAGUACUUGUUAACGUAAGCAGUUAUGCAUAAAGCAAGUCAACAAAUCCAUACAUUUAAACCUACCUCCUUGCUGCCUCUUUGUUCAGUGCAAUACAUGUAACAUUCUAGACCCGAGCCACUAGCAUUGUGGGAUACAUGCAGGUGUUUACAUUUAGAAAUCACUGGUAUGGUUGGGAAUAUAUCUCUUAGGGUUAUUCACUUAAUUGUGAAGGUAAAAUGUUACUGCAAAAGUGAAUUGGAAAAAUUAUCAAAGUCCUCUAAAUUUUCAGUUUGGAUAGUUUAGCCUAAUAUUUGAAUUUUGAAUUCCUGACAAUUUACUUUUUAGUGACUGACCCUGUAAGUGAAUUACAGCAUAGAGUAUAUCUUUAAUUUUGAAAUUAAAUUACAUAUGUAAUAAAACAGUAAUAUAUACAGUUACUAACAACUAGUCUAGUCAUAGCAAACAAUACAUUUGAUUUAUACUUUGUAUAAAGCUGACCUAACUGCCAACAGAUAUGUAAAUUAAAGACUAACAUAAAAAGAAGUAAUGUUUAUUGCUAACAUAAACUGAAGAGACUGUUAAAGGAACACUCCAAGUGCCAUAGCCAUUACAGUGCACUGUAGUAGAUACAGACACUAGUCACUCGGAUCAGGAAAUCUCUGCUAGGAGUUUCUAUUUUUUAGGGCCAGCUCAUUGGCUGAGAGCGUCAGGUGAGCACUCGACGCCUAUGAGUUAAGCCCUAAUUUACCAACUCCAAGAGAGGCUGUGACCAACACCCAGUAGACCCCAAAUGAAAAUAUAAAACGGCUUGACUAAUUAUACAGGGAGGGUGCUACAGUUAUCGUGGCACAGCGGCAGUGUGCUGUAGUUGUUAUGGUGCUUUUACGUGUUCCUUUAAAUAUGAGAUUUAUUAACACUGCCUAAUCCUCAGACAGAAUACGUUUGUCUGGAUUUUGGGAAAUUAGUAAGGUAUAAAGUGCUACUGAAAUCAAUGGUUGAAUGGUAUAUUUAUAUAAUUCUGAUAAUUAGUGUAUUUGUCCCUUGGUAUUAAUAGUGAAUUACCUUUUUAAGAUUAUGCUUGCUAUAUUACUUUACCCGAGUACGCCUUUUUAUUUAAAAGCAUUAAAUCAUUCAGCAUUUAUUUUUCUACAUUAGAAGCAUGGGUUUCUAAAAAUAAAAGGAUCAGUGAUUUGUAAGCUGAAUUAUGCCGCUCUGGGGAUGGAUCAAUAAGCAGUUCACAUUGUUUGCCCUUUCUCAGUGUUCACAGGGUGUAAAAAAAAUAAAGGAGCAUAGUCGUUUGUAUAAGCAGAAAAUGUCAAGUCAUGAAACCAGGGGUUCCAAAGACAUCUAACAUCUGGACUGGAACUAAUUAAGGGUGACAGUUUUUGCAAGCAGAGCUGUUUAUGUUAUAAAAUGUACCCCUUGUGGUCCAAGAUGGCUGUGUUAGGUGGCAACUUAAUUUACCUUGAAAUGGAAUGCUGUAAGAAUUAAUACAUCAGCUACUUUUAAGGUUCCACACUGCGCUUCGAGAAUCGAAAUGUAUCACUUGGUGUUGCAUUUAAACAAAAUUUUUCCUUUUGGUUUGAAGCCUCAUUUGCAUUUAUCUCUUGACAGUUUGCAAAAUAAACAAAAUAGAACACUAUAUAUCAGAGCUUGACAAUUUUGCUUUGAAUCUAGGAACCAGCAAAAAAUGUUAGGAGCCAGGUUUUUUUUUAACCUUACAAGGCUUUAUGUAGUGGUUGUCGUGAGUAUAGCCUGUCCCUGCUGGCUUUUCAAUGUAAACACUGACUUUAGAGAAAAGGCAUUGUUUACAUAGCUGCCUAGUGGCAGUCACUCAGACAGCCACUAAAGUGCUUCCUAUCUCAGUGCUGCAUUGUAUGCAGUACCUACAAUCAAUGCCUCCACUUAACGUUCCAUAUAGAGAUGUAUUGAUUCAAUGCAUCUCUAUGAGGAGAUGCUGAUUGGUACAGCGUUUUGCAGUGCAUGCACGAUAACUUCUCAAAAGUGAUUAUCUCAGCCAUAGAGGCAGCGCCAGCCAUGGGAAGACUGGUACAGCGUGGAGAAAAGUUAAGUAUAAACACAAUUCCCAUAUGAAUGGGGAGGGGGGGAUGGUCACCUAAACACACACACAUACACUGAGACAGACACACACACACAAACAUACAUGCAUACACUGACAGAGAAGCGCACAUACACAGAUGCGCACAUACAUUGACAUGUAUGCACACAUACACUGACAGACACACACACAUACAUGCAUACACUGACAGAGAUGCACACAUACACAGACACACACAUACAUUGACAUAUGCACACAUGACAGACAGACACACACACACAAACACUGAGACAGACAGACGCACACAUACACUGACAGAAAGACACACACACAUAAACUGACAGACACACUCUCCCAAAUGUAGGACAAAAUUACAAAAUAAUCGCAUAGAUUUAGCAAUUUAGCUAUUUUUCAAAAUCGUCGGUCUAACACCUAUGGUGCCUUAACUGCCAUAAUUUGUAUUAGCUACAGAGUAUGAUAAAUCAAGCUGAGGUGGAAGGGGGUGACAGGUAAUACUCCAGUUCCACUUGAAAACUGUAAAGAGACACUCAUAACACCACAGUCGACCAAAAGUCACCUAACGACCCGGAAGUCCCUCUAGUUGCUUUCUACCAGAGAUAGAGUUAACCCUCAAAGGUAAUUACCUUUGCAGGGUUCAGGGGCCCGGGACUUUGCACCCAGACCACUUCAAUGAGCUGAAGUUUGUGACGUUUAGGAAGAUUGUGAAAGCCACAUGCAGGGAGCUGUGACCAGGGUUGUAUAGACAAAGUAAGUUAACUCCUAAAUGACAGAGAAUUGAGCAGUGAGACUGCAGGGGCACGAUCGAUGCACCAAAACGGCUUCUUUAUGCUAAAGUUGUGUUGGUGCCUAUAGUGUCCCUUUAAUAAUAAUAUUCACUGGCAUGUGCAUUAGGUCUCCUCCAGUGCCAGCGCUGAGGGGCAUCAGCGCUGGACCAAGCUAAAUGACAGAAGGUGUUUGUAACGCCUUCUGCACCACGAGGAGAGAGGGGUCAAAGAGAGGGACCUUGAUGAAGGAUAAAGCUAUAGUGCCAGGAAACAUGUUUUCCCUUUAAUUUAAAAAAUAUAUAUUUUUUUUAUAAAUGUAAUUUUUAAAAGUGCCAAUUUCUAAUGAAACCUGCACAUUUUGUAAAAUGAUGGAAUACCCCUUUAAGACUAUUCUCCCACCUAUGUUUACAAAGAUAUAAAAUACUGGAGUUGGAUGAAAAAUUUAAAUAUAUACUGAGGUGGACUCUUGAGCAAUGCCCCUUUGACACCUCUAACUUAAAUUGUAUUUAUUCAUUAAACUAGGAUUGUGAAGACUUGCAAUGUGUAAGUCAAAAUAGAUGAACUGGAGCAUUUCUCAGCUCAUCUUAUUUUAACGCUUAACUGUUUUGGGUCUAAAAAUUUGCAAUUCCCCAGUCAGUUUUCCACUAUUCCCUAUUUAGUGAAUUAAUCCCCAUGUGCAUCUUUUCAAAGAAUUACCAAAAGCCAAAACAUUCGCCAUUUGACAACUCCUGGCGUUUGCCUUCUAAUCAUUCCCGAGCAGGUUCCUGAGAUUUCCUGUAGAGCUUUGCAUUGGUUUUCUGUCUCUCACCGAUUAUGCAGCCAGAAAAUGCUGAGUCUACUUUAAAAACAAAAAAAACCCAGAGCAUUGUUAUAGCUUCUUUACCCAGCUAUUAGAAGGAGAUUUCUUUUUUUCCUCUUUCCGCGCUAUAAACUAUGCAGCUCCUGGAUUUCAAUUCCAAAAGCUGUCAUCAUCACAAACCUAAUGCAUUUUCUGGUAUCUUAUUUUUUUUAAUCCUUUUCUGCAAACUCUGCUACUCUUGUUAUGUUGAGUGAUUUUGAUUAUAUUUCACUGGAUUUUGUUUAUGUGAAAAUUCUCUUUUCCACGGGUACAUUCAAUGUAAUUAUUUGCAGAAAAGGAUCCAUAAAUCAUGUUCUAUUCUAAAUGCCGCUGCAAUGCCUUAUUGUACUCACUUUUGAUUGUGUUUUUCUUCAAAAGCAAAAUAUAUUUCUUUUCUGUUUUCUAUGCAUUUCAGCUUUGGGUUUUCCGUAUAUAAACUGCAAUGUGCUUCUGCUAAUCAUGAAUUUUUCACAUGAGUAAAUAAUAACAAUAUCUAUGCAAAUAUUGCAUUUUUCCAGUACAACUUACAAUCAAAUUUCAAUGACAGACGACAGUUUGACACCAUAGUCUGAUCUGGGGAUUAUUAUGGGAAUAGUUGCAAUAGAAAAUGAACAGUUAGAAGUAUGAGGAGGAUUUGGUAGUAUUGGGGUGUCAAACUUCAGCUCCACAGAUGCUGUCUACUAUAGGCUGGCAAAGCAUCAUGGGAGGUGUAGUCCACCAACAUCUGAGGAGCAUCAUUUUUUGAAGUCUGAGUGGCCCCGUACAAAAUGGGGCAAAACCAUCGGUAGGAUCCCCAAAACCGAGACAUCAGGGAAGUCGGGACAGUGGGACAGGACCUGAAAUCUUCUUACAAAAUCUGGACAGUUGGGAGUUUAGCAUGGCACUUUUUACUGUGAAUAUAAUCAUACUGUUUUUGUGAAUGUAUAGGCUUUAAGGGGGUUUGAAAGACUUAUCCAUUUCAGUUUUCAUUCAUGGAUAUUCUACUUUGCUAGGCUUAUGUCACCAUUGAGGCAAUAGGGCAGCCCAGGAAAGAAAAUUACCCCCAUGAUCCAUGCCCCCUCAAAAACAUCCCAAUUUUGGCAGGACAGUUCUGAUUUUUGGGUCCUGUCCCAACAACGUUCCCUGGUGUCCUGCUUUUGGGAACACCAGGGAACUGUCCUCAAAGUGUAUAGAUAGAGAGAGCACAUUAUUAGACGCGCCUGCGCUGUACACAGGAUACUCGCUAGUCCUCCAUUUUCCUCCCAUUAGGAUGCUAAUGUUGGGUUUAUGCAUACAAUGUAUUCCAAAAAGGGUAAGUCAUUUUUUUUAGAAGACAAAUAGUCAUAAAAUCUGUUCACAUUUAGUGUCACACAAAGUGUAACGCUUAGUGUCACUGUUUAUCUCAUCAUCUUUAUAUGUUUUACUGCUAUAAAACACUUAAUGUCCUAUUAGUAUAACAAUCCCACAAAAGUUUUAUGAUGAGUUUGGAAGUUACAGACCAAAUAUAGGAUCUUCCCAUUUCAGUCCUCAUACAGGAAAUUAGACAAAUUGAUUUUCUGCACCAUGUCACCUUUGAGACAAUAUGGCAGCCAAGCAAAGAAAAUGUCCACUGCUAUAGCAUACUAUUUUCAAAAGUAGACAACCCAGGGUAUUAAUAAUGGAGUAUUUUGAGUUUUGUGUUGUAGCCUCUUUAUCACAUUGUUGGGCACAUUUAGAGUUUAUACUUUGUUUUUUCACACACAUGUAUUCUGGUUUUACCAGGAAAUUUCAUAAUCUUGAUAUGUGUUAACGCAAUAAAACCCCAAUAUUUUUUUUAUUUAGCAAUGUCUCAUGAAUAUAAAAAUGCCCACAUGUACUGCUUUUCUAUUUUUAUAAAGAAGCCACAGUAACAAAUGUAUUAUAUUACCAUUUCAAUCUUGAGAAUUUGACAAGUUCUUUUUGAGAUGGUGUAGCAGCCUAAGAAAGAAAAUGCGUACCAUUUUAAAAAGUUGUCAACCAAUGGUAUUUAUAAUGACCUUAGAGUGGCUUGGCUUAAUGUUAACAGGGACAGGCCUUGGUCAGGGGAUCCACUUUUCUGCAUCCCCACUCUACACUAACCUCACAGCGCAAGGUUUUGCAUAUUAAUUUGUUGACCAGAUUGAACAAAUGUAGAAUAAUUCCCCUAUAUAUCCUCUCUAUAACUAAUCUUCUUUUUCGUACCCUAUGCUAAAUACUUUCUUUUUAGUCACAUAGCACAAGAGAUUUCUGCCCGUUUUCUCUUUUGUCCCCUUGAUCUACUUUCUUAUCACCUUAUCCUGUCUCUUGUUCCAUCUUUUUUUCUUUCUUGUACUGUCCUACCCACUUCUCUCAAAGUUUCAGUUGUCAUUACUAUCCUAAAAGCCAUCACUUAACCCUACAUCUCUAUCUAACCGCAGUCCCUUAUUGGUAGCUGUUGAAAAAUCAUCUGUCUUGAUGUAGAACUCAUCCAGUUGCUUUAGUUUUUAAACUUUUUUCCUGUCUCAUAAUAUAUAUAUAUUUUGACAAUCUUUAUUUUGAGUUUUACAUUUCCAAUAUAGCAUAAAUAAGAAAGGUGGGGCAUAAGCAUAAGGGCUGAUGACAUUGUCUAAAAUCAAGCAUAUACAAAGGACUAAAGAAUACAGUGUACCGAUUGCAUUGAAUUGUGCAAAUAAAAUGCAAAAUGUUGUCCUGUAGCGUACCGUUCAAAAAAGGAGUGUGAAGGAGCGAAGAAAAUGAGAGGUAGUAAGGGAGUAUAAGAAAGUGGGGAAGAUGAGAGAGGGAAUAAAAAAAAGGGUGGGGGGAGGGGAGCGUAAUAAAAUGUAGGUGUUUUUCCUUCUCCGCAAGCAGGGUGGCCAGCAGGUCCACUGAAUUGUACCAUCAGUUCUCGCAAGGCCUUGAAGCUCUACUGUGUGUGUCGCCAGCGUCUAGGUGCCCAUUCUUGAGACAUAAUCUUGCCAAAGAGUCUAGGUCAGUGCACUUUUCCGGGUUGCCUUGGAGAACAGAGGUCAGGGAUUUUAUAUUAUAAAUCUCUUGGAUCCUAGCAACCCAUUGCCAGAAGGAUAGCGCACCCGUCUGCUUCCACAUAGUGGGGAAUAAGGACUUAUGCAUUUAGUAGGUGAUUGGUCAGUGCUACAUUGAUUUGGUGUGGUGUAAAAGCAUUGGGAGCGGUUCGAGGGGGAGGUCAGAGUGGCAGGUUCACCAAAUUUCCAAUUGUGAGCCAAGUCCUGUCCCACAACAUCAACACUGGUCAGAAUUUUCAGUAUUCAUGUGAUGUAGGACCUCUGGGGUUCUGUACCAGUUGGUUACCAGUUUAUAGCCCAUAUCUUUAAAUGUGUUGCUGAUGGAGCAUUUGUAAGUUAAGACAUAUAUUUUGUGCCACUCCUACUCUGUGAGCAUUUCCCCGGUCUCUCCCUCCCAUUUAGCGAUAAAUCUAGGGGGGUCAUUAUCAGCAUUGCAUAGAGAACUGAGAUUCCCUUGGAAAUGUGUUCACUGGAGGAGCAUAUUGCCUCAAAUUGCCUCAAAGCUCUAUGCAACGGGUUUGCUCUCAUAAUUAUUUAAAAGGUAAGAUAAUUUUGAUUUGGAACCAGCAUUCACACGUAUUUCUGACUUUUAUUUUACUCCUUUGUAUAUUUUACGCCUAGAUUUUUUUAUACAAAGUUGCAAAGUGUGACCUUUGAGUACAAAGUGUCUACCAUUUUGCCAUGUGUUUUAUUCUUACCAUGCGUUAUCUCUACUUUGUUUCAUUUGUAUCUUCUAAAACAGCUUGUACAUACCAGUCUUACUAAAUUUCUCAAUUCUAACUCUGACCUUUUUUGAUCAGGCUUCCACUCUCAGCAUUCUACUAAAACAAUCUUAACCAAAGUGACUAAUUAUAUACCCACUGCUAAACCCAAAGAUCAACACUCCCUUUUAAUUCUCUUAGACCUUUCAGCAGCUAUUUCAAAACUCUCCUCGACCUUGGUUUUUGCUUCACUGUUAUUACCUGGCUUCAUCUUACGUCUCAAAAAGCUCAUUCAGCAUUUCCUUUACAUGAACCACUUCCUCCUUAUUACACUUCUCAGUUGGAGUUGACCAAGUCCUAGGCUUUCUUUUUAUACUCCAUAUUCUGGGCUGGGUAAUGACACUAAAUCUGUCACCUGUUUAGCAGGUAGCCCUCAUAUUUGCCAAGGGAGCUGUCUGCUAAACAGUGCCUUAAUUUGGUAUCCUUAAAUAUGGAAAUCCCACAUAAGUGUACCGAUUUAACGAUUUACCCACUAAACAGCUUAAACAGCUGAAAUAUCAAAAAUAAGAAAAGUAAUUUAGUCGUUUAGUAGAUAACUUAUUUGCUAUGCUUAUGUGGGAUUGCCAUACUUAAGAAUACCAAAUUAAGGAGCUAGCUAAUAAACAAAUACACAUCUUUAUACACACACACACACACACACACACAAUAUGCAAACAGACAUAAACACACAUAUAAUUACAGUCAUAGAUACACAUUCACAGAAACAUGCAAUCCCAGACAUAUACACACACAUAAUCAUAAACCCACACUCACACAUAACCACAGAUAUACACACACACACACACUCACAGACACGCACACAGACAUACACACACAUAAUUGCAGACAUGCACACACAGACUUAUACACACAUAACCACAGACAUACACACAUUUACACACCCAAUCACAGAAAUACGCACACGUUAUCAAAAAUAUAUAAAAACAAUCACAGACCUACACACACACAAUCACAGGCAUACACACACACAUAAUCACAGACACAAUUAGAGAUUUACACACAUAAACUUUUUUUUAAUUUAUUAAGAGGUCCAUGCUCUCCCUGCAUUGCUCCCAUUAUGCCAAUGCUGGGAUGAUAUCAUAUCCUGGCAGCUGGCACAGCAUGAAGCAGCAGUGCAGGGGGAGCACAGUGAGUAAAGAGCUCUUUGGCAACCUGUACUUCUCACCCACCAGACUGGACAAGGAUACAUUUUAGCAGAGAAGGUACUUACUGAUUGGGUAGGCAGGUGCCUACUCUGCCAAGUACAGUUAGUGGUGGGUGACACAAGCCUGUGUCCCCCUAUAUCAGAGCCAUUGAUACUUUCCAUACUACAAUUCACUCCUGCCACAUGUGUAAAAUAACACUCUAGACACCAUAAUAGCUUCAUCUCAGUGAAGUUGUAAGGGUGCCUGGAUUUUCUGAGAAAGCAGUUUAAUCACAAAGUUGUGUAGACAUCACCCAUCUGUUCUGCUCCUCUUCUUCUGGCCUUGCUUUCAGCUUCAAUGAUGAAGCCUCAUACUGAACGCCUAUAACUGGCACCUGGAAGCAGAUGAGCGGAGCGGACGGGUGCCAUCUACACAAUUUGGGGGUUAAACUGCUAGUAAAUGGUUUAAUCCCUUAAGGUAAGUAGGCUCCCAAGACCAUCAGGCACCAUAGCAGCUUCAUUAAAGGAACACUAUAGUCACCUAAAUUACUUUAGCUAAAUAAAGCAGUUUUAGUGUAUAGAUCAUUCCCCUGCAAUUUCACUGCUCAAUUCACUGUCAUUUAGGAGUUAAAUCACUUUGUUUCUGUUUAUGCAGCCCUAGCCACACCUCCCCUGGCUAUGAUUGACAGAGCCUGCAUGAAAAAAAAACUGGUUUCACUUUCAAACAGAUGUAAUUUACCUUAAAUAAUUGUAUCUCAAUCUCUAAAUUGAACUUUAAUCACAUACAGGAGGCUCUUGCAGGGUCUAGCAAGCUAUUAACAUAGCAGGGGAUAAGACAAUCUUAAUUAAAGAGAACUUGCAAUAAGGAAAGCCUAAAUAGGGCUCUCUUUACAGGAAGUGUUUAUGGAAGGCUGUGCAAGUCACAUGCAGGGAGGUGUGACUAGGGUUCAUAAACAAAGGGAUUUAACUCCUAAAUGGCAGAGGAUUGAGCAGUGAGGCUGCAGGGGCAUGUUCUAUACACCAAAACUGCUUCAUUAAGCUAAAGUUGUUCAGGUGACUAUAGUGUCCCUUUAAAUGAAAUUGUUAUGAUGCCUGGAGUGUUGAUUUAAAUAGAUAAAUAUAUCAAACUUGUCAGUCUGUCUUCCCAUGUUUGUUCUUCUUCCUGUGUCCUUUACCUCCUCUGUUUUGUAAGUAUUUUAGCAGAGUACUCUUCACCUAUCUGUGCUCUCACUGCAUCAUGGGAAUGUCACUGACUUUGCCCCCAUCCAUCCCCUCUUCCUGAUUGCAGGUUUGCUAAAUUGGCAGAUCUGUAUAACAAUUAUCAAUGACAUUUCUCUUAAGUUAUACGUAAUGUGUCAUAUUGUCAUUUGGUCUGAGCACACUGGAAAUUAUGUGGCAAAUGUAGAUCCUUUAGUUAAAAGUAAACUAUAAGUCUUGUAACGUUAGCUGCAGGGUAUUUUACUGUGCAGAACUAUCUCACCAGAUAAUUUACUAAGUAGCGUUUUGUGUGCUUUUCUUUGUGGCUACCAAUCUAUGCGGAAGGUACAGUACAAUUUAAGAUAUAAUAUGGAAAUAUUCAAAGGUUCCACGUGUAUCAGAUUUUGGAGAAUCAAUGUUUUCGCUCCUGCAGGAAAAUAUAUGUAGUUAUAUAGAAUAGAAUAAAAGCAUCCUGUCACCAUAGCCCCAAAUUGUCAAUUCACUUAUUAGUUCUGUAUGAGUUUUAGUGUGUGAUCAACAACAUUUAUUACUAGCUCCCAGAAGAGUUGGAUAGGCUUGAAUGGCCAAAGACAGUGGAGCAGGUCCACCUCCUCCUGGUCACAUGUCAAGCAUCUAGACGAAUCUCUCAUUUUCAUUUAGAAUUGUUUGUCAGGGGCAAGAUGAGGUUGAGACUGCUAGUAUUGUAUUAAAGUAGGAUAAUAGAACAUUGUCUUAUCAACAAUGAGGUUUGAAAGAUUUGUUGGUAACCUAAUAGAACCUGAAGAGUGGUCUACAUGGUCAAUGUAACUCUUUAUAUAAGAAUGGAUUGUAUUUAUCAAAUACUGUUUAUUAUGAUAGAGGAGUAUGCACAAGUCAAAUGGAUUUUGCCAAUCUAGAUCAGCAAACAUUGACCUACAAGAGAAUACAUGAAUAUUUAGGGUUAGGAAUUUAUCAUUCAGUUCAGCCAUUGAAAGGAUAUUUUGUUCUCUUGUAUUAAAGUAUUCCCCAAGAGUACAAAGGUUACCUAUAUCCCAGGAGGAGUAUAAAUUGAGAGAAAAAACACUUUAAUACCAUAUGAAGGCUUUACUCUUUCAAGGUUUUAAUAGCAGAGCAUAUAGUUAGUUGUUUUGAAACACUAGUCAAGGAACGAGUAAGGUGUGUGUAGGAGUUUAUGGAGAAAAUUAUUUGAAUAAUAGACAGAGAAAUGUUUACAAACUAUACAUUGGUAAGGAAUUUUGCUGUAUUCAAGCUAAGAUGUAAUGUAUAACUUGUGGUAGUCUUGGUCAACCGUGAAGCCCGCGUGGACAUCCAGUACUUCUCCAUUGCAAAUGUAGAGUGCGGAAUCAGAAAUGUUAUAUUUGUCUUUGUCAAAACAAAUGCUUUUCUGGGGCAAACUGCUACAUGUUAAUAUAUUUUUGGUUUCUAUAGCUCCAUAUUUAGCACUUUUCUGCAGAAUUUUCUUGAUAAAUAUGCAUUUGAAGACUCAUUCUCUAAUGCUAGGGUACAUGAUAUGAUUUCAAUAAGGCAGGAUACAUGCAGAAGCAAAAUGUGUUUAAAAUGAACCUGUUCAUUGUCUUCAUUUGUGAAGCAUCUACAUAGUCUGCAGCUAUUUCACAAAGGGUUUUUUUAAUGAAUAAGUUAUUUAAAACAGUACAUAACGAUGUCAACCAGCCAUUGUAUUGUAUGGAACCUAUAAUGUCUUUGAUUCUUUGAUGACAAGCUAGUAGAUUUCACAACAGAUCUGUUUUCAUUGUAUUCUCAGCAUUAAAUUCAGUUUUAUCCGUGAUUAAACUUCCAGUAGGUUGCUAGGAGCAACAAAUGCUAUUACCUCAGUAUAGCUUGUUGCCCCUGGCAACCUAUAAUUUCAAAGUACAAAAAAUUAAUAAUAGUACAGUUGGUUUGAACCCCCCCCCCCCAGAUAUCCACACCUUGAAAGCAUACAAAGAAUAAGCUUGUGGCUGGUCAGAAUAAGCAUAUGGUUGGACAAAAUAAGUUUAAAAGCUUUGUGACUUAUUCUUCUCUAACUUGAAAUAAAGUGGCCUGUGCUGAGACUGAAAAAUAGUAUAAAUGGCUCUUUGUGCAUUGUAUCAGAAUGUAUACACCGUUUCAUAUUAUCCAGUCUGACAGGGUUACAUAUAACAUAUAAGAAACAAUCUCAGGCACUCACUGUAAUAUGUUCAAAGCAGUUUUAAUGGAUCCACAACGUUUCGACCUGAACCCAGGUCUUUAUCAAGCUAACACCACAGUAACAAGUAAACAUUUAUAUACUGUACACACAAAAUUAAUUAAUGUGAGAUUACAAAAUGCAUUAACAUACUCAUUGAUAAGUUAAUUAGGUUAAUGAGGGUUACAUAUUACAUCCAGACUGACCCUUUGUAUCAUUGAUUUUAAACCAUACAUGGCAAAGACCACCAGAAUCAGCCUCUUUUGCCCAAAUGUGGUUUUUAGCAUUUUUAUUUGUACUUGUGGUAUGUGCUGAAAUACCACCCUAGUAUUUCGAGUAGCUGUAUACACAUCAAUUUUUAAAAUAGUUCUUAUUCAAAAUGGCUAAUUUUUGCAUGUCUGAAAUUGGGAGAAGUAGGGCAUGGAUGGGGCAAGGAUUUUGAGUGGGUGUACCCAUGAGAACAUCUCUGCCCACAAAAUAGGUGUAUCGUCCUGGUGGAUGUGCAAGCCUCAAAAGCAUGCUGGGUGGUACUGCAGCCAUUCUGCCCUGCUCACACGCCGAAUGCUGCUAACGUGCUUCCAUGUGAGCUUAAAUGUCUUAAAACAGGUUAAAUGUGCAGUGCAAACACAUUUUAGUCCUGUGCUUGUGUUAAAUUCCCCCUGCUACCCCCAACAAUUGAAAGAAAGAGUGGCGUAUGGGAAAAUGGUGAAGUGAUGAUAAAUAGUAGAGCACUUCACACUCCGUCAGGUGUUAACACACACACUGCUGUCUGUUGUAUGAUUGCUUAAAAAGGACCAUAUCUCCAGGUACCAAAUGGUUAAUAGGUGCUGUGGGGCCACAUUUUUUGAACUGUAUUAUUGUAUUUCUCAAUUGUGGUUUCAUGUACUUUUAGUCUGCAUUAAAUUUAUUUUGGAAAUAUUUUGGAAAAUGUUCCUUCUAAUUUUUUUUAUUUUUUUUUAAAUACAUUUUUGGUAGGGUAAUUGUGAAUCCUAUCCAUUGUAUCUAUAAUUUCUGCUUCUAGACUUGACAAACAUUUGCCAACCUGGAAUCUAUUAGACUUUAGCAAAUAUCUUCAUGAAAGAAAGAAGAAGCUUAUAGAAUGUAUAAGUAAAAGUACAUAGAGAAGGCAGUCAUUGUCUAAGAUGCAAAAUUAAAGUAUUUUCUAUAUUCUUACAUUUCUUCUCUAAGUCUUUGAUAGUUACCCUCUGUAGCACCUGAAUACAUAAAGCAAAUCUCUCCCUGUAAUGCUAUUUUAUGCUUUACCACUGUUUUACCUGAUAUCUCCCCCAUCGCUCUAUCUUGCACAGGUCUUCCACCCCCUUUUUUUGUCGGACAUUUUUUAUUGUGCAGUUUUAAAAAAAUCGUAUCCAUUGACAGUAACAAAAGCAUUUCAAAACUGUACUUUUUAGAGUAAACUAUAGACCCAAAGCAUUCCAAAACUUCACUUUUCAAGAUAAGUGUGGUACGAAUCAGAGGGUUUUGAGAAUGACGACAGCUCCAACCUGGCACUUGACAUUUUACGAUAUAUUGCUGAGAUAAAAAAAUUAAAGAAAAUAUUACCCUGUACCCGGUAAAUCAUAGACUUUCGAAUAACGAGAAACACUUAUGUAACUCUGUGUGGAGGUAAGAGUCACUGUAAAAAGCUAAAUGCAAUACUAAAAUAUAGAUGCAAGCUGCAAACAAGAUGGCCAAGCACAAAAGCCUGGAUAGGGCAUGUGAGCGGAUAUUUCAAGUAGAUAGUUAAUUAGUAAAGAUUUGUACUUUAAAUUAGUGAAGAUAUGUACUUUAUAAACUUAUUUGAAGAAUUACAAAUUUGGUCAUGUAAUCCAAUAUGGCCACUAGACCAAAUGACUUAUGGGGUUCAUAUUGAAGAUGGCAGAGUGCACUGUCGAUAUUUGAUAGUUAUUAUUGUACCCGUUAUUAAAAAGAUUCAAACUGUUUUGUUUUUGUAAUAAAAUUACUGUAUGAGAGUGUCAGGAUUAUAGUUAAACCAGCACGCAGAAUAGUAUCACACCAAGGACUAAGGAUAACGUUUAACCGGACUUUAGAAUGGCUGGACUUAACGUACCAGACAUAGGCGUGCGCAGCCUAUUGCAUUAGGGUGUGCACCCUAAAGCACAAGCACACGCCGCAUAUAUAUAUGUAUGUAUGUAUAUACAUACACAUAUAUACACACAUACACACACUGCUAUGUGUGUGUGUGUGUGCUGUGUGAGGGUGCUGUUAGUGUGAUGUGUGUGUGACGAUGCUGGUAGUGUGCUAUGUGGGUGAGGGUGUUUGUGUGUGCGUGCUUGUGAGGAUGCUGUUAAUGUACUGUGUGUGAGGGUGCUGUUUGUGUGUGUGUGUGCGCUUGUGAGGGUGCUGUUAAUGUACAGUGUGUGAGGGUGCUGUUUGUGUGUGAGGGUACUGGUAGUGUGCUGUGUGUGUGUUUGUUAGGGUCCUGUUUGUGUUUGUGAGGGUACUGUUAGUGUGCUGUGAGGGUGCUGUGUGUGUUUGUGAGGGUGCUGUAUGUGUGUGUGUGUGCUGUGUAUGUCUGUAGGUGCUGUAUGUGUGUGGGUGCUGUGUGUGUCUGUGGGUGCUGUGUGUGUCUGUGGGUGCUGUGUAUGUCUGUGGGUGCUGUGUAUGUUUGUGGGUGCUGUGUAUGUCUGUGGGUGCUGGAUGUCUGUGGGUGCUGUAUAUGUCUGUGGGGGGUGCUGUAUGUCUGUGGGUGCUGUGUAUGUCUAUGGGUGCUGGAUGUCUGUGGGUGCUGUGUAUGUCUGUGGGUGCUGUGUGGGUGCUGAAUGUGUGUGGGUGCUGAAUGUGUGUGGGUGCUGUAUGUGUGGGUGCUGUAUGUGUGUGGGUGCUGAAUGUGUGUGGGUGCUGAAUGUGUGGGUGCUGUAUGUGUGUGGGUGGGUGAUUGUGGGGGUGGAGGUGGGGGUACAUUAUUUGCUAUCCCCCCUCCCUUCUUACCUUUUGUAGGGAGGGGGGAUCGUGCUGCUGCUUCCUUCCCUGGUAGUCCAGUGGAGGAGGGGAUCCUUGCUGCUGUGAUCCCUGGCGGUCCAGUGGAGAGUGAACUCUAGCCCCCUGUGGGGCUAGAGUUCACUCUCGCGAGAUUUGAGCGUUGCCGUGGCAACGCUCAUAUCUCGCGAGAGGAACCCGGCGGAGCUGCCGGCAAUAGCUCCGCCGGGUCCUCUCCUGCCUCCCUCCCUGCAUGUGGGUCGGUGGGAGGGAGGCUGAGAGCAGAGCCGGCGCUCAGAUAGCGCCGGUUCUGCAUGAGCCGACAGGGGAGAUCCUGAGAUCUCCCCUGCCGGUCUCAAUAUGCAUAGGCGUGCCGCGGGAUUAGGGUGUGCCCAGGCACACCCGGCACACCCCGUGCGCACGCCUAUGGUACCAGAGGAUAGUCAGCUUGCAGUUUGAAAUGAGCCAUAGCUGUUUCCAAAGCCGUGUGGACCUUAGUCCAAGUCUCACGAAUACAUGUGAGAUGGUCAUCCAGAGUGGCAAUAGCAGUGUCAGAGAACACCACAGGGAGGACAGUAGGAUGGCGAUCGUUGUUAACAAAAAAUGGACUAUGUACAGAUGAGUCAUGGGUAGCAUUAUUUUUGGUGACCAGUUUUCCUGAGUGCCAUUACUAAAACAUCUCAAAUAUUGUUCCAACGAUUUAUUGGCUCGCUCAGCUGCACCAUUCGUUUGAGGAUGGUAUGAAGAUGAAAACGAUAAUUCCAUACCCAACUGUUUAGAAAAUGCUCUCCAAAAUCGUGAUACAAAUUGGGAACCCCUAUCUGACUCAAUAUUUAGCGACAUACCAUGUAAUCGGAUUAUUUCGCGUAUAAGAAUAUGAACCAGCUCUUGGGAAGAAGUUAUCUUUUUGAGCGCAACAAAGUGUGCCAUUUUAGAAAAGCGGUCAACAAUCAUUAGGAUGGUGUUAUAGCCUUUAUAAUUCGGGAGUUCCACAAUAAAGUCUAUAGACAAGUGAGAACUGUGACGGAACGCUGGCACUCCGACUGAGUACCUCCGCCAAUCGAUGCUCCUAGCGCUUGCCGAGGACUCCAAGCACUCCAACCGACACCAUCAGCACUGCAGACCCCACUGCAACUGCGCUGGGGUCUCUGCUGUCUCCACCCACCCUGGACCCAAGGUCAGGAUCCAGCUUCCAGUGGGUGAACCUCUCUUUCCCCAGAGAGCAGGAACAAGCUCUUAGCAGAACUUAGUGAUCAUACCCUGGGGAGUAUAGUGAUUAUAGCAAUCCGCAGAGUGUAUUUCUCCAAUCCCCAAACAUGAGCCAAGGCUUAAUGCUGGAACAAGACUGAUUUACUGGCACACAGAACUCACAAUUUAUGCAACACAAAACUCCUCCUCUGGGCCAGGCUAGAUAAUUGAGUUUCUACAAUACACAAAGCUCAAUUAUCUGCUGGCCAGAAAUAAUACAGUUUCAUAAAACACACAGGGACCCCAAAACAUGCAAUAAACCCAUAAAAAUCCUUGGAACCGGGGGAUCUGGGUGAACCACAUAUCCAAAAUUCACCCAGAUCCGCUCAGUACUUUGGAAAAUACAGUUUAAUGCAGAUUCUGCAGAACAUAUACAGGCUAAAUGAAAAACAAUCACUUUAUAAUGUGUCCCCUGCUGUAUAGUCCAAAACCACUGCACGAUGUCUCUGUGCACCAAAUACUGGCUAGAUGGCACCGUGUUGAAAAGUCCAAACAGUGUCUGUGAGUUAAAAUGGCCGCCAUCCAUUGUUCUCACCAUGUGCUUCAUCCAUUGUUCUCACCAUGUGCCUCUGAUACAUGAAAUGGUGGCCACCCAGUAAUUCCACAGUAUGUCCCCAGAUGGUUCUUAAAGGGCCAGCAGCAGCACAACACAAAUCCAUCAUGCCCAAAUCAUGUCUUUAAAGGGCAAUACAUCCCAGGGGCCAUAGUCACAGGGCAAGAGGCGGGCAAGCAGUCCUCUCCAGGCACGAGUGGCGAAUGGCACUUCGUCACAAGAACAUGGGGCACUGGGUACAGGAAGCGGUUGCAAUAACCCACAAGGUAGUUUAUGGAGAACCUUAGAAACCGCACAAAUAGUACACGCCUCCACAUACUCUCUGAUGCCCGUUCUAAGAGAUGGCCACCAAAAUGAUCUAGAGACAGCGAACAGUCCAGCUGUCACAUUAUCGUGAAACACUCUUAGUACCUCCUUUUUUCCCACUAACAGAAUAAAGAACCUAUCUUGAGGUUUAUCACCAGGUGCUUGAGUCUGGGCUGCCAUUAUAGCACAAAGGAGAGGAGAAGACAAGGAAAGAACUGUGAUGAUACAUUCAGGUGGUAUAAUGGGAGAGGUCUCUUGUUCUGCCUCUAGUUUAAAUUGCCUAGAUAGGGCAUCAGCCUUAACGUUCUUAGGACCUGGUCUGUACGUGAUAAUAAAGUUAAAGCAUGACAAGAACAACGACCAUCCAGCUUGUCUAGAAGACAACCUAUUAUCAUCACUAAUGUAUGCCAAGUUUUUGUGAUCCAUUAUGAUCAGGAAUGGAUCCCUGGAACCUUUUAAAAGAUGUUGCCAUUCUUUCAGAGCUAGGAUAAUGGCUAACAAUUCUCUGUUACCAAUAUUAUAGUUAUGCUCCACUGGCGAAAACUUUCUAAAAACGAACCCACAAGGACACAAAGGGGUAUCCUGACUCUCCCUCUGAGAAAGGACAGCCCCUACCCCUGUCUCAGAGGCAUCUACCUCUAGUAUAAGAGUUUGCUAGUGUCAGGCAGGGCCAGAUUAAGAGCCCAGUGGGCCUGGUGCUGACAAUUAUGACGGGCCUAAUUACAGAAUCAUAUCGACCAAAAACAGUAAAACACUCCCAAGAGUCAUGUAUCUGAUGGAGAUGGUGCUGGAAAGAAAGAAAACAGCAGCUAUAAUAAAACACAUACCCUAGGCUAAUCUCUCACUAAUUUAUGUUUUCAUCUUUCAAGUAAAUCCACCCCUAACAGCAGUGUCCAGUAAGCAGGAAGUCACUGGGCACGGUAAAAGGGUGUGCCACUGACACAAAUCACGUAACCUGCCAAAAGGGGUGAACAUGCCCAAAAAGAGGAUAUGUCUGUCCAAAGAAUUAGAAGGCCAGCCUGUUAUGAAUGCAUGUCAGGCUGCCUGCCAAUCAUGCAGCUGGCCAACUAAGGGCAUACUAUGCAGACAGCACCCUGAGCUUGGCAUAAUUGCAUCUAAUGAUGCGCUCGCUCAACGCUUUCUAAGGACUGUCCCCUAGCACUCGCUGGUCCACUUGUCUCCUUAACUUCUUACUAGCAGGCAGAAGCUCCUGGUAUAUAGUCUGGGACAGAGAAAAGCUGUAUGUAGUGAGUGUAGAAGAAAGGGAACAUGCCACAGUGCUAAAGAGUCCAAAGUCAGCAUUACUUUAAAGGAUCACUAUAGGGUCAGGAACACAAACAUGAAUUCAUGACCCUAUAGUGUUAACACCACCAUCUAGCCCCCUUGGGCCCCUCAUGCCUCCUUAAAUAUAGCAAAAUCUUACUGUAUUCAAGCCUGAAGCUGUAACUGUUAGACUCAGAAAAACAAGCAGUCUGCUCACAUCAUUAGAGGUGGUGGCCUAAUCCAAUCACAGUGCUUCCCCAUAGGAUUGGCUGAGACUGACAAAGAGGCAGAUCAGGGGCAGAGCCAGCAUGAUUCAAACACAGCCCUGGCCAAUCAGCAUCUCCUCACAGAGAUGAAUUGAAUCAAUGAAUCUCUAUGAGGAAAGUUCAGUGUCUGCAUGCAGAGGGAGGAGACACUGAAUGUUUGGAUGCAUUUUAGGCAGGAAUGACCCAGGAAGGAUCUCUAACAGCCAUCUAAUGAGUGGCCAGUGAAGUUAUCACUAGGCUGUAAUGUAAAGACUGCAUUUUCUCUGAAAAGACAGUGUUUACAGCAAAAAGCCUGACGGUAAUGAUUCUACUCACCAGAACAAAUUCAAUAAGCUGUAGUUGUUCUGGUGACUCUAGUGUCCCUUUAACUAUAUUCAUUGUUCCCAUACAUCCCAUACAUCCAUACACAAGUUAAGUUUCCAUACUUAAGUAAGAGUAUGUGAAAAGUAGUUAGAGUUGCCACCUUUCUUGGAAAAACAUACCGGCCUUGCUAAUUUGCAUAAUUAAAUAUGUAUGGGUGACAUCACAUGAUGUAAAUCACAAGGAGUGACAUAAGAGAAAAAGCCAAUAAAAUAAAAGCCAGGUGGAAUCCCUAAGAGUAGUGUGUGAAAAAAAAAAUGUAAAAAAAAUAAAUAUAUAUAUAUUUUUUUUUAUAAAUCAAUGGGCCUAUUCCAUGGGCCUGGGCCUGGAGCUGCAGCUCCAUCAGCCCCUAUGUUAAUCCGGCCCUGGUGUCAGGGUUUACCAAUAUGUCAGCAGAAGCAAAUCAUUUCUUAAGUAGCUCAAAAGCUUCUUUAGCUUCUUUAGAUCAUAUAUUACAGAUAACCCUUUUACGUGUCAUAUUGGUGAUGGGGGCUAUCACAGUAGAGAAACCUUUGAUGAAUCUCCUAUAGUAAUGUGCAAACCCAAUAAACCUUUGAAUGGCUUUUAACGCAUUGGGUAAUGGCCAAUGUAGAAUGGCUUCUCGUUUACGUGGGUCCAUCUGAAGAACUGAACUUCCGUCUGUUCAAAUAGACAUUUGUCAAGUUUGCAAUAUAGCCCGUUUUUUUAGCAAAGUUUGCAGUGCUUGUUUAACAUGCCCAUGAUGAGUCUGGAUAUCGGGGGAAUAAAUAAGUAUAACAUCCAGAUAUACCAAUACGAAGGUAUAAAUGUAAUCUCUGAGAACAUCAUUCAUGAGAUCUUGAAAUACGGCUGCAGCAUUGCAUAAGCUGAAGGGCAUGGCAAGAUACGCAUAGUGACCAUUUCUUGUGUUAAAUGCAGUUCUCCAUUCAUGUCCCUCCUUAAUCCUUACCAAAUUAUAAGCACUCCUAAGAGUUUUGUAAACACCUUAGUGCCCUAGAGUCUGUCAAAUAAUUCUAAAAUAAGGGGAAUGGGAUAAGCAUUUUUGUUGGUGAUCUUGUUCAAUGCCCUAUAAUCAAUGCAUGGCCAUAACUCUCCUCUCUUCUUGGUAACAAAAAAGAACCCUGCACCUGCAGGAGAAGAAGAUUUACGUAUGUGGCCUUUUUGUAGAGACUAUUUAAUGUAUUCUUCUAACUCUCCUCUCCUCUAUUCUCCUGUGGUCAUAAGGUAUAUACUCCCCCUUUAGGGGGUAUAGUACCUGGUAACAGAUCUAUGGAGCAUAGGAUCUGUGAGGGGGUAGCAUAUCAGUGUGACUUUUAUUAAACACUUCUUUAACCUCCCUAUAAUGCACAGGAAUUUUGGUAGACUGAAGCGCAGGAGAAGGUAGAUUAACGAUACCCACUCUUUUAGUAAUAGGCAACAUACAUCUCUCUUUAAAUUCUUUACCCCAUUCCAGUAUUUCACCUUUAGCCCAAUCAACACGGGGGUUAUGCUGAAAGGACCACUAUAGUGCCAGGAAAGCAUACUCGUUUUCCUGGCACUAUAGUGCCCUAAAGGGGUGCCCCCACCCUCAGGGUCCCCCUCCCGCCGGGCUCUGGGGUGAGGAAGGGGUUAAACGUACCUCUUUCUCCAGCACCAGGCGGGGAGCUCUCUUCCUCCUCUCCUCCUCUUCGGGCUGAAUGCGCAUGCGUGGCAAGAGCUGCGCGCACAGCCAGUCUCAUAGGAAAGCAUUCACAAUGCUUUCCUAUGGACGCUGGCAUCUUCUCACUGUGAAAAUCACAGUGAGAAGCACGCAAGCGCCUGUAGCAGCUGUCAAGAGACAGCCACUAGAGGUUGGAUUAACCCAUUUAUAAACAUAGCAGUUUCUCUGAAUUGCUAUGUUUAUAGAAAAAAGGGUUAACCCUAGCUGGGCCUGGCACCCAGACCACUUCAUAAGCUGAAGUGGUCUGGGUGCCUAUAGUGGUCCUUUAACAAGCCAUGGGAAUCCAAGUAUAAUGGGACAAGAAGGGGAAGCAAUUAUCUGAAAUGUGAUGAGUUCUUUGUGUAACACUCCUAUCGUGGAAGUGAUAGGUAGUGUUUCAUGGAUAAUUAAAGGCUGAGAGAGUGAUUUCCCAUCAGUGGCCUCGACAGCCAGGGGUGAUCUGUCCUUGAUGGGUAGGAAGUGUUUACUGGCAAUUGUAUAUUGAUAAAGUUUUCUGCAGUGCCUGAGUCAAUCAGGGCGUUACACGUAAAACUUAUCUCAUCAUAUUGAGCAGCAACACUAAGGAGAAAUCUACUUUGAGUAGUACCAGGGGACAUAUACAUCACACCGAAGGCCGGUCCCCUAAUGGUUCUUAGGUGCGUAAGUUUUCCGGACUUAUGGGACAAGCAUUUGUUAUGUGUCCUUUCUUGCCACAGUAUAAGCAGAGGUCCUCUUUUCUCCUAAACUGUUUCAUUGCCUCUGACAGUCUCAUAACCCCUACCUGCAUAGGUUCAGGUUCAGACUGUAAAGAGGGACAGAGACAACAGGAUUGGAGAAGCGAGGGGCCUGGUUCUAUUUCUAGUUAUCUCCCUGUUCCUAAGCCGGUUAUCGAUAUGCAUCACAUCAGUGAUAUAUUCAUUUUUACCUCCCUGAUAGUUCUUUGGCUGCAAUUUCGUCAAGGAUAGCUUCAGAUAAUUCCUCUGCAAACGCAGUGAUGAAUCCGUUAUUAGUUCAGUCUACCUCAGAAGCCAAGGUGCGGAGUUCUAUUGCGUAAUCUGAAACAGAACAGUUCCCUUGUUUGAUACGCCCUAGGGCAGUGGAAGCAGUGUUCUCCCUUCCUAAUGGUUCAAAUGUAAAUUUGAAUUCCACAAAGAAUUCUUAGUAAUUAUGGGCAAUAGUCCUAUCACUUUCCCAUAAUGGAUUGGCCCAAGCUAAGGCUUUACCUUUCAGUUGGUUCAUUAAGUAACCAAUUUUAGCUCUAUCCGAGGGGAAGGACCCAGGUAAGUCCCUUUUUUUUAGCAGCUACACACAUCAAUAAUAGACAGUUACAUUCUCUGUAUACGUUGUUCUCAUUCAAUACAUAGUAAAACAAGAAAAAUAUUACAUAGCAUGUACCAUAACAUGUGUCGUGGUAGGAUUUUCACCUGGCAAGAGCGUACACAGUCAGAGUAUGUGGGCCUUUUUUUUUAUAUUUAAGAAAACGAUAAGGAGAACUGGAAUUAACAAGAUCUUGAAGUGCACUGGUUAACUUAAAAUCCAUUGAGUAAGUAUAACUCGAUGACAAACCAAUGGGGUAAAGAACUCUGUUGUCAUUAUCAGACUAGUAGAGCACAUCUUUGGCUAGGUAGAUUGACUGUAAUAACCCAUUAUUAUAAAGGUUUUGCAGGGUGGGGGGAGGGGGGAAUGAUGGUUUACUCAACAAGUGACUUGCACACUAUAGUACAUUUACACACAGUCUGGGUGUGUAAAUGUACUAUAGUAUCCAUCUGAAACAUUUCUAAAUCAAAUAAACUCUUACAGAAACAAACAUAUGAGAAAUAAAACAUGGGAAAAUUGAAUGGGGAAAGGGGGCCGUAGGAGUGCUCAAGUCACUGAGAAAAAAACUCUCUUUCUUGUGGGACAAAUGGAAUAACUCUCUUGGGAUCCAACGCAUGUAAGGUGGAGAUGACCUAGGAUGUCGUUGGUCUGGCUGGUUUUUGGCCAGUGUCUGCAAAAAGGCUGUGCCCUCUGACAGAAAUGACAAUUGCAGAGUAGAGCCAUUGCAGCUACACACUUUGUUUCCCACCUACAAUAUUCAGAAAAAUAUCAAAAUAUAGAAAAAGCAGAGCAUUAUUUUAAUAACCCAUAAGGUAGGAACAAUUAUGCAGAAACACAAAUCCUUCUCAAUAGUCAACCUUUUUCUUUAAGUGGAAUUUUUCAGUACAUUCAUAACUGAAAAAAGAAAGAUCUAUAGUGUGAUAUUGCUAACAUUUCUUAUAAUAAAUGAGUGGUAGAUAUCCUACUCUCACAUGGGAGAGCUUUGCAAGACUAGCUUUCGAUCAUUUGUACUUUCACAAACAGGUAGUUAUCCAUUUAAAUUUGGUUUUGGCAUGACUACUGGGAUCCCAUGUGAAACUUUGAAUUCUUAUUACAAGAUCGAGACAAGCAUCUAUUCACUUUGACUCUACUAAUUGAAAAGUGUAAAUGUAAUUCAACAAGAGGGUGUGCGGUGCCUUUAAAAAAAACAAUUUGUGAAGAACAGCAACCUAACAAAGAUCAAAAAUCUGUUUCUCUUAACUGUACUAUUACCCCUCUUAAAUGUAAUUGGCUUGCAUGGCCAUUUUGAAUUUCACAGUGUCUUGCUAUAAACAGCAGUAGUAUGUGACACAUUUUGCAUUGUUCUAACAAUCAGUUUCGGAAAAUAAGUUGUUCUGACGAACCAUGUGCCCAAUUAAAUCUAGGUAACAACAUGAUCUUGCACAGCAAUUUGUAGCACAAAUGGUUAUGGAGAAGCAGGUGUUAGAAUAUUGUGCAAAACUAGCCACCAAAAUCAAAUUGGCUGCCAAGCUUUGUGACUUAUGACCUUUUUGUUGUACAGCAUGUAGCGCACCAUACGUAUCUACCAUGUUCACACAUUUCAAACGUUUUUGAUUAGAAAUUUGUUUUUUAUAGGCAUUUGAAGAAAGUGGUGUAAUAGUAUUAAAAAUAAUAAUCUUCACAAACACAGCAGGUUGUCCAACAACUUCAUUGUUUGGCCACCUAGUAAUGACUAACUUCCAGUCCAAUAUUGCUAUGUCUGGGCUAGUAUGAUAACAGUCCAAACCUACAAAAUUGGAAUUAUAAAAGAAAAACCUCAAGGUUGCUCCUGAAGCAAAAGGGAGAACCGCUGACACUUAAAGACAAGAUUGCAGUCUAGUAAUCAUUCACUGCUGUGUUUGUGCAAGGUAGUCGGCGUAAAUUAUUUAACUUUAGGAACAUCCACUCUGUGAAUAUAUCUUCUUCAUAUCUACGUCCUCCUCACGUUAUAAAAUAGUGGUAAUCCAAAGCACCUGUCAUUAGCUAUCUAACCCUACUAAUCUGGAUCUAGACACUGCUGGAUUAGGGAGCUAACACUGGGCAUGUUGGCAGCAUAAAGACAUAAUUAACACAGUUGUAUGUGGCAUGUUUGGAAAUGAGUUUUUAGUCUAUCAUUGCAUAUGUGCCAUGUAUUGUGUGUGCAGUGGGUAUGCCGAAAUCGUACAUGCUAAUAAUGUGUUUUUAUGCAAAUUGUAUAUUUGUAUGUGUGCACAUGCUCUGUGUAUAUGUGUUUUUGAACUCCACGCAUGAUUUUCCUUCUUUAUGAUUAUGUGGGUAUAUUAAUUAGAAUUGGCACUGUUAAGAUCAGUGGCUAUUUUUGUUUGAUACCAAAAUGAUGUACCUGCCAUUAGCUUGGCUAUCCACUCUUCAAUUGCAAAACUAAUUCAGCAACAUAUUUCUCAGAUUAAAAUAAAUUUAGCAAAACACAUCCAUUAUACUCUCCCCAGUCAAAGGGGAUGAAAAAUCAGUACUCUUAAAGUAAACAAGACAUUGUGGGCAAUUGCAUUGGCAUGAUGAUGAGUAUGAUGAUGUACCAGUUGGUAUAGAAUGAGCUAGAGAAACUCACAGAGCUUGCUAAAAUGUUUAUACAUGGCUAAGACAACAAGGGACAUUUUAGAUCGGAUUAUAAGACCUGUUUUCAAGAGCAAUAUUGACCCCUCUACAAACACAAUAUACAUAGACACGCACAGAACUAUAGAUAGAAUGAUAGCAACAAUAUAAAACUAAAUUUCAAUAUAAAACUAAAUUCCAUGGAAUCAUUACCACUAGAGCAUAAAAUGUAUCUAAAUUAUUAUAAUGAAAACGGAAAAUAAAAAAUAAAACUAGACAAUAUACAAUACAUACAUGGCAUAUUUGUAUUUAACCUUGUAGGUGCAGUUGUACCAUCCAUAGCCAAAAUGACUCAGUUUUAUCAAGUAUCUUUAUCCAAAAUUACUCAAAUUGCAAGAACAGUUUUCCUCAACCAUCAACCCUGUCAAUCAUGGUUUGCACGUCUAAGGCAACACAUCUAUCAUUGCUGGCUUGUCAGUCCUCUUGUCUUGAUAGACAUAAAUUCAUAGUUAUUAACUUUUGUCCAUGAUAAAGUUCUCUAAAGCAUUUUACUAAUAUAGCUAAAGUGGCAGUGUCACUUGUGUGGUCGUUUUUGACAUGUCUGGAAAGAGGCUGAUGGGACAUGGCAAGUGCCAGUUGAUGGGAAAUGGCAAGGUGUAGCGAUAGAAGGUGCUCCUAGCUCUAUUGUUUGCCUUGUCAUUUUGAUCCAAAUCUGCAUGUACAUGUGACAAAGUAAUUCAAACUUACAUCUUGUGAAUAUGUUGGAAUCUCAUUGCAUCUAGGUAUGAGAAGUUUAAUGAGCACCUAAAUGGUAUAUUAUACAUCCAGCACACUUACGGAACACUCCUGAAAUGAGGCUCCUGCAAAAGGGAGGAAUGCAAAACCAAAGGAGUUGACCUGGCAUCCAAAAUAUAUUUACAUAUGAAACCAAGAAAGGAUGUGUAUGUAUAUAAAGUUGUAAUCAAAAUUAUUGAACCUCCAUUGAAAAUUGAAAUAGCUCAACACAACGAAUGCUUCCAGUGGUUUUCCCAAAUUCAGCUGAAAAUGUAACUUAUAAUGAAUGACUUUUCCAGUCUCAAAAUUAUCCAACUCAUUCAUGGCAAGCAUCUUUAGUACUAAGUAGAGCACCCUUUUGCUCUUAUGACCUGCUGCAAACGAGAUGUAUAGCAUAGCUAGACACCAGCUUCUGGCAGCAUCCCUGAGGAAUCAUAGCAGAUUACUCAUAAGCAAUGGCCUCCAGUUCAGUAAUAUUUUUGGUUUGCGUGGUGCAACUGCCUUCUUCAAAUCCCAUCAGAUAUUUUCCAUGGGGUUUGUCUAUUCACUGUGAUGAUCACUGUAGAAUUUUCCAGGACUUCUUCUGCAACCAAGCCUUGGUGGAAUUUGAGGUAUACUUGGGAUCAUUGUCUUCUUGGAAGGUCCAAUGACUCUAAAGCUUCAGCUCCCUCACAGAUGGCAUGGCGUUUUCUCCUAAUAUUUCCUGAUAAAUCAAAGUCUCCAUCUUAACUUUGUAAACCAUUCUUUUGACUUAGCCAUAUUUCUAACAUGCAGUCAAACGUGACACUCAACUAUCCCCUAGCCAGGUCAGGUCAUAAGCGUGCGCAUGGGGCCCGAUCUGUUUGCAAUAUUACAAAAUCCACUACUGUCCACGACCUCUUCAUCUCUCGUUCAGUAGAUUUACUAGCCUUAACGGAAACAUGGCUCUCCCCCUCUGACACUGCUACCCCAGCAUCUUUCAAAUGCUGUAUUAUGUUAUAAGGGAUUGUGCAGCAGGGAUUUAUAGGAAUUGUUUUCCGCAUUAUGUGCCUCCAUGGGCAGGUGAGGGAGAUCAAAGAUCUCUCUCACUGGCCCACAGGCAGAGAGGGAGGCAGGAGAGGACCCGGGGAGCUCUAGCCAGCAGGCUAGAGUACACUCACCACUGGACCAACAGGGAUGGCAGCAGCACGAUCCCCCCUCCCUACAAAAGUUAAGAAGGGAGGGGGGCUAUUUCCUAAAUGGUCCCCUCAUCCCCACAGUCCCUCCAAACAAAUACACACAAACAGCACCCUCAUACACAGCACCCACACACAAACAGCACCCACACACAUACAGCAUCCUCACACACACACACAGCACACACACACACACUAACAGCACCCUCACACAUAUAUCACCCUUACAUAUACACACACAGCACACACAAAAACAGCACCCUCACACUAACAGCACCCUCACACACACAGCACCCUUACACACACAGCACCCUUGCACAUACACACACAGCACACACACACACACUAACAUCACACACACACAGAGCACCCUUACACACACAGCACCCUUACACACACAGCACCCUCACACACAGCACCCUUACACACUCACACACACAGCACUCUUACACACACACCACCCUCACAAACACACACAGCACCUUUAUACUCACACAGCGCCCUCACACACACACACACAGAGCCCACACACAGCGCCCACACAUAGAAACAUAGAAACAUAGAAACAUAGAAUGUGACGGCAGAUAAGAACCAUUCGGCCCAUCUAGUCUGCCCAAUUUUCUAAAAACUUUCAUUAGUCCCUAGCCUUAUCUUAUGGUUAGGAUAGCCUUAUGCCUAUCCCAUGCAUGCUUAAACUCCUUUACUGUGUUAACCUCUACCACUUCAGCUGGAAGGCUAUUCCAUGCAUCCACUACCCUCUCAGUAAAGUAAUACUUCCUGAUAUUAUUUUUAAACCUUUGUCCCUCUAAUUUAAGACUAUGUCCUCUUGUUGUGGUAGUUUUUCUUCUUUUAAAUAUAGUCUCCUCCUUUACUGUGUUGAUUCCCUUUAUAUAUUUAAAUGUUUCUAUCAUAUCCCCCCGUCUCGUCUUUCCUCCAAGCUAUACAUGUUAAGAUCCUUAACCUUUCCUGGUAAGUUUUAUCCCGCAAUCCAUGAACCAGUUUAGUAGCCCUUCUCUGACCCCUCUCUAAGGUAUCAAUAUCCUUCUGAAGAUACGGUCUCCAAUACUGUGUACAAUACUCCAAGUGAGGUCUCACCAGUGUUCUGUAUAAUGGCAUGAGCACUUCCCUCUUUCUACUGCUAAUACCUCUCCCUACACACAGCACCCUGACACACACACACACAGCAGUGUAUUUGUGUGUAUAUAUAUAUAUGUGGCAUGUGUGUUUGUGCUUUAGGGUACACUUAUGCAAUAGGCUGCGCACGUCUAUGGGUCAGGUAUUUCAUGUGUUCCAGUUAAAGCGCAUCUGGUGCAGCUAAUGAAGCCUUUAAUUAGUUGCAUUAGAUGUGAUUGAGACAGCACCUGUUUUGCAUAUGUGUGCUUUUGUGAGGUAUUCUAUUCAGAAGGUUGAAUAAUUUUGAUGCGCAAACAUCCAAACAUACAGGAGGUUCGGGUGGGAGGCAGGGAAUUCUUAGUAUCGGUGUACGCUCUAUGUAUGAUGUGCUCUUAAUGCUUACAAACCCAAAGGAGUAUGUCAGCUUUAAGACAGGUCCUACAGGACUAUGGUACAAUCUCAGGAUAUAAGGCAAACUGUCUAAAUCUAAUGCCCUACCAGUAUUAGUGUCUGCGGCAGACAUGGCACUGAUACAAGAUACCAAUAACAUGCGAAUGGCACAACACUCUACCAAGUACUUAGGGAUUCAAUUGACAGCGGACCCGGAAAAUGAAAGCACUAAUAUGAGACAUGGAAAUGUGGACUGAUACACCCAUAUCGUGCAUAGGCAGGAUCCACUCGGUAAAAAUUAAGGUCCUGCCACAAAUUAUUUUCCUGCUCCAGGCAUUACCUAUCCACAUUUCCAAAGCACAUCUCUCACCUUUGCAAAGAGCAAUCGGUACAUUUAUAUGGAUAUUGAGACAUAUAUUGUACCAACCGAAAACGCGCAGAGGAUUAGGCCUAUCCAAUUUACAUUUUUAUUAUUUAGCGCCUCAGCUAAUGCAAAUCGCGAUGUGGCACUCUCUCUUAGAGGACAGGCAGUGAGUAGACAUAGAAUCGCUUAAGCUAAUCGAAUUCUCAUGGUGUAGUGUAUGGGCGACCCCUCUGCAUGGCCACCGAGCACUCCCGCUGCUCUUAUUACCCCCCUCCCCCCGUCCUCUGCACGUGCCACACAACUUAUACUGUGACCAAACAACCCCUCUACAACUAUCUUUCUAUGCUUUCUUCUUCUCUCACUAUCCUCUAUGCCUUAGGACAACUACGAAUCGAGGUGGGACAAGUGGCAACCUCAAUAAGCAAACACGCAGAUGUUUACUAUAUCGUGAUAGAAGAGUCACAGAUAUUGUUGGUUUCUGGAUGUGUUCACAUGUUGCUUUUAUGUUUAUACUGAUGUUUAAAAUAACAUAAACCAUGACUCCUACCUUGUAAAUUUAAAAUGUAAUGGUUAUCUGCAUUUACCUUAGAGUUUUUUGAUGCUGUACUACUCUGUGUACUUACCUUGAACAUGCACAUACCUUGUUUUUAUGAUGCGCACUAACUAUUGUACCAUUACUGCAAUUUUAUGGAAUGUCAUGCAAAAAAAAAGAAUAAAAAAAAAAAAAAGAAGGUUGAAUAAUUUUGAGACUGGAGUCGUCAUUAUGAGUUGCAUUUUCAGUUGAAUUUGGAGAAUCCACAUGAAGCAUUUGCUGCGUUGAGCUAUUUCAAUAUCUUUUGUUUGAAUUGUUUAUUGCAAACAACUGAAAGUCUGUAAAUGUUGACAAUACAACUGAUUUUCAAUGGAGGUUGAAUAUGUUUGAUUACAACUGUAUAUGCAUAUCGCAUUUACUCGAAUUGAAUGUGCACCAUUAUUGACAAAAUAAAGAGGUACAGUAAGCAAGGUAGACAUGUUUUACAGAAGUACAGCAGACAAGCAAACACAUUUGUUUUGCACAGAUUCAGAAAACCAGGUGAAGUACAGGAAGUCAGAUGUUUUGUAGAAGUACAGUAACCUGGGCAGAUAGAUGUUUUUACGCAAGGUAUAGUAGGCCAAGUGGAUGUUUUGCCAUGCUACAGCAAGUUGGCGGACAAAUAAUUCAUAGACAGCCAGAAAGUUUGGCAGAGAUUUGAUUGGCCAAUGUAAAGUAAGCAAACAGAGCAUUUUAUCCAGAGAUAUAGUUAAUUGAUCAUACUCAUAUUUUAAGAAAAGCAAAAGGUAUGUUUUCCCAAGGUACAAUGAUCCAGAUACAUUUUCUUGCUGAAUACGACAUUUUACAGAGGUAUAGUAAAUUUAGCAGAGGGAUGUUUUGCAGAGGUAUAUUAAGCCAAGCAGAUGGAUAUUUUAAUGAAUUUCAGUAAGCUGGGCAGGUUGAUGUUCUAAAGAACUACUAGCAUUGCAUGUGGAUGUUUAGCUAAAAUAUAGCAGUGCAAGCAGAUGGUGGUUUUGUAGAGGUACAGUAAACCAAAUUUUUUGCUAAGUUGUCAUAAACCCGACAGACAGAUAUUUUGCAGAGGUACAGUAAAAUCGGUAGGAGGGUGUUUUGCAGAGGUCCAGUAAGCUGGACAGAUGGAUGCUUUGCUGUGGUUCCAUAAUCCACACAGAUGCAGAGUUCCAUAAGUCGAGUAGACAGUUUGCAAACCUGCACUAAGCUUGACCGGGGAUGCUAGCCAGUUAUGCGCAUGGUUUGAGACAGAAAACAGCUUUUUGUUGACUUCAGUCUAUUAAAAACACAAUGAGUAAGCUCAUGUACCAAGCAGUACUGAUAAAAUCCAAUGCCACUCUCUCUGUUGUACUUUCAGUCAAUUGAUGUAUAUGUAAAACCCAUAGCAGAUGGUAACAAAUCUGUAAGCAAAAGGAAAAGCUUCCAAUUGUGCAGUAUGUUGUUAUCAGGUGGUGUCAUUCACCGUAUCCCCAAUAUCUAUAACUCUCACCUAAGCUGGGGACACAUAUAACCCAUUUUCACCCCAAAACGAUGCUUCUAUCAAUUUCCAAUUAUUGUAUGAGAGGGACCUACAGUAGAACAGUAUAUAAAAAAGAUAUGAAUAAAACUCCCACCUCAUCAUCUACAGACCAUCAUCUAUGGGCCUGUGGGUAGAGGGAACAACAAUAGCAAAGUAUAUAAGAAAUACUAAUUAAAACUUCCACCUCAUCAUCUACGGGCCUUCAGACUCUCACCUUUUUGGGGGAUAAAAUCAUGUCUCACAGUGUAAUAGAAAAGGUGAGAGUUGUACACCAAUGGGUGGGUUGAUUAAUAUUAGUGCAACAAAUAAUUGUUUUGUUUUUGUUUACUUUGUACAAAAUAUAACUCUGGGACAAUAUAGCAGGAGAUGCUGCUACCGUGACGGGAAAGAAAAUGAAUUGAAUCCGUUAACAGAAUAUCACAUAUAAGGCAUAAUUUAAAAGGAAGAGGCUGCCAAUCAUCUUCCUGUUUCCUGAAGAUCUUCUCUAUUUUAAAGAUGUUUCUCUUACUGUUAUUUAGGACUUAAAACAUUAUGUGUUCUAUUGUUUCCAACUCUAUAUGGAUUAAAGAUGGACUGUAUGAUUUAUAGAAAAUCAUGUUGGCCCUUAAUUAAUUUCUCUCUGUACUAAUAAACUCAUUCUUGAGCCAGGCUGCCUGUUCAAGAAUAUGAUUUUGUCUACAUGCGGCCAAAGGAUUCUAGCUGGUUUGUUGGGAAAGCUAAUGAUACACAAUGCCAAAGUCAUUUAUAAACAUAUGUUUUCCUAAUUUACUUUGGUAUAAAAAUUCUCCUCCGCACAUUCAUUUCCAACGUAAUGUAUGCCUCUCUUAAGCAGAGGUUAUAUUUUACAGUCGAGACAGCCCAUCGAGAGUUUUAUAUUACAAAGUGGUAUGACCGAGCAAAGGUUACUGUUUGCUAAAAAGGCAUGUUCUACAUUAAAGCAUUGCUUUUCAUUGCAAAUGAUUUUUUUGGAAGAAUCAUUGUGUAGCAUAGUGAUUUUUUUAUUUCUUAUAUAAAUUUACAUACAUAAAAUUUAAAACACAAGACAGAAUAGGACAAACAUAAAACAAAAUUAUUUUGUUAGUUUCUAUGUAUUCUAAAUGUAAAAAAAAACAAAAACAACAAACAUACAUACACAUACAUUACAUGGAUAGUGAUUAUUUUUUUUUUUUGACAAUCUUUAUUUUCCAUUUCACGUUUGAAAACAACAAUGUCGAAGAACAUUUUUUUUUUUUUGCGUUAUUACAUCUCAACUGUCAGUAUACAAACGAAAUUUUUACACUCCUGUAGUCAGGUACUUAUACUUUGAAAUGAUGGGAGGAGAGGAAUUAUGUCUGAUCCCUUGUGAGAACCCACUGGAUGUCAGACAGGGUUGUCUGGCAUUGUGUUAGCAUUUUGGUGGUACUAUGUUACAGUCAUCAUGUUCCCUUUUAUCGCUUGACAAAUAUAUUGUUGAGCAUGACAUAGAGCUACAGUAGCGAAAAAACAUUUAGUGUCUUUACACCUCCAAAGUCUACAAGCAAUUAUUUACAAUCAGGCCAUCAGAUCACUUGGGUGAGAGCCAAGUGUGGUGUUUUAGAUAAAGUUUUCCUCUACUGUGGGUAGGCAGUUGUCAGUGAAUAUAUUUGUAUGCUUAUCGGUAUAGCUCGGCAUAUGGGAGGGUACGCUGGGUACCAGUCAAGGUAGUCAGGCGGUAUGUUAUCAUGCCGGUAUCAACAUUAUAUUUGGUCUCGAGUCCCUGUGUGUUCUGCUCCUGUGCUUACAAUGAGUGUGUAUAUAAAUAUGCCCCUGUUGCGUCAGUCGUUCGGGGUUCGGUCCGGUGUCCAGUCAUGGAAAGGGGGCGGGAGGUAGGAGACACAGGGAAUAGGGGUAGAUGGGUAGCUUAGCUCUGUAUGAGUCGGCUUUCUGCGGGCCUCUGGGGAGCCAUGCUUGGGUUUGCUGAUCUGUUGGCUAGGUAUGUUGCCCAAGGGUACCAAGUCAGUGCACACUGCUCCUGCCUACCAUGGAGGUCUGCAGUUAGGGAUUCCAUUGAGUGGAUAUCUUCCACCUUUGUCACCCAUUGCUGGAGGGUAGGCGCCCCCCUCUGUUUCCACAUUGCCGGGAUAAGGGCCUUUGCUGUGUUGAGCAGUGGCAACGUGAGGGAUUUCUUGUACGCCUUGAUGGGUGUGGGGGUGUGGUGUAAUAACAUCGUUAGGGGUUCUAGGGGUAGCUCCGCUCCUGUGAUUCUGUUUAUCUCUACCCUGAUCCUCUCCCAGUAUGUGGUGAUCUCGGGGCACGUCCACCAGAUGUGGAAGUACGAGCCGGUGGGCAUGCCGCAUCUCCAGCAGGUGUUCGGGGCACUCUCGUUCAUGCGAUUAAGUAUGUCAGGGGUUCUGUACCAGCGGGUUAAAAUUUUGUAAUUCAGCUCCUGGUACUUUGAGCUGAUAGAGCAUUUAUGUGUGAGGGUGUAGAUCUUGUCCCAAUCCUGCGCGGUAAGGACUUCCCCCGAGUCUCUCUCCCAGUGGUCCUUAAAUUUGAGCACCACAUCCUCACUAGUUUGGGUCUUGAGUAUGGUAUGUAUGGUGGAGAUACCCCUGUGUAUGUGUGUUCGGUGUACUCACAGGUGUUCAAAGCUGGUGAGGGGUCUAAUCAGAUGCCCUCGACCAUGUAAGGAUAGGAAGUACGUCUUAACUUGGUGGUAUCUGAAUUGUUCGAGUAACGUCGGUGGUCUAUCGGGGCAGAGGUUUCCGAGUGGUUUAAGUCCCUGAGUGUCGAGCCAUUGGUGUAGGUACAUCCAGUCUGCCUGCUGGAGGCCGGCUAGGUCUUGUGGGGAUAGGGCAUCGGCCAGGUCCGGGUUAUAUGUGAUGGGUGUUAAAGGGCUGGGAGAGCUGGUGAGUUGCAGUCGAUAGCGUAUAGCCAUCCACACUCGGAGCGUGGCGUCGAUUAGGGGGUUCUUGGUGUGUAGGUCAGUAUAUGUGGCGGUAUGUAACCAAAGCCUGGAGGGUAUUUUUCUGUCCGUUUGAUCCAGUUCCAGGGUCACUCAUUGUUUUAAUGGGUGUUGUGCAUGCCAGUCCGUCAGUCUAUGCAGGUGUGCGGCGCGGUAAUACGUCUCUAUGGAGGGCAGUCCCGUGCCCCCCAACAGUUUUGGCAGUUCCAGGGUUGAUUUUUUUGUUCGGGAUGGGCGGGAGUUCCAUACGAAUCUGCGUAUGGCGGUCGUCAUGGAGCUGAAAAAGGCUCUGGGCAAAGUAAUUGGCACUGUUUGGAAUAGGUAGAGUAUCCUGGGUAACACGUUCAUUUUAACCGCAUUGAUACGUCCGAAGCAGGAGACGUAAUAUGGGGUCCAUUUCUUAAGGUCUGUCUGAAGUGAGUGUAGGAGUGGGUGAUAGUUAUGGUGGUAUAAUUGGGACGGGUCCUUGGCCAGCCAUAUGCCCAAGUAUUUUAAUUUGAUAUCGCACCAUUUGAGCCUAUAUUGGGAGUAAAGGUGCGUUGGGGGGCCUGCAGGGGGCGGGAGGUGGAAGGCCUCAGACUUAUCCAUAUUGAGUUUAAGAUUAGAGAUUGCCCCAAACUCCCGGAAAGAUGCAAGAAGGUUGGGCAGCGAGAUCAACGGCUGAGUAAGAAAGAACAGCAUGUCGUCUGCAUAUGCGGCUACUCGGUAUUCGCUGCGACCGAGGCGGAAUCCAGAGAUUCGCCCAUUCCGUCUGACCGCCCCCAAGAAUGGUUCCAGGGAGAGGGCAAACAGGAGGGGGGAAAGCGGGCAUCCCUGGCGGGUGCCAUUCCUGAUUGUGAAAGGGGCUGACAGUGCCCCGUUAAUGCAGAUCCUCGCGGUGGGGCUCGUGUACAGUGAGAGCACCCAGGACAGCAUGUUGGGGCCGAAUCCCAUGUGUGUGAGGGUGCUCCCCAGAUAUGACCAGUCCACCCGGUCAAAAGCCUUUUCGGCAUCGGAGGAAAGUAGUAGAAGUUCCCUACGACGCGUCCGUGCUAUGUGUAGGAUGUUCAGUGCCUUCCCUGCCCGGGAUAAACCCAACCUGAUCCGAGUGUACCAAGUGGGGGAGGUGUUUUGCAACUCUCAGGGCAAUGGCUUUUGCGAAUAGUUUCAGGUCUGCGUUUAGCAGCGAUAUGGGGCGGUAGCUCGCACAGUUCGUCGGGUCCUUGUCCUCUUUAGGUAUUACAGUAACUAUGGCUGCUAACGUAUCCGAGGGGAAGCGGCCCCCCUCCAGUAUGGAGUUGAGGCCCCGUAAGAGGUUCGGUAAUAAGAUGUCCUUGAACGUACGCAAGUACAUCAGAGGCAGGCCGUCUGGCCCUGGGGCCUUGUGGGUUUUGGAGAUUUUCACGGCCGCCGCCAGCUCCUCCACCGAAAGGGGUCGGUCUAGGUCGUCUCGCAUUUCAGCGGUCAGCUUCUUAUCUAUAUUUUGUUCCAGGAAUUCAGUGAUUUGGUGGGUAUGUCGUGUGCGGGAUGCGUCAGUAUUGGGUUGGGGGAUGUUGUAUAGGUCCGUGUAGUAGUCUACGAACGCCCGCUGAAUUCCGUCCGGCAGCCGCGUUUCAGCUUUAUCACUGUGCCUAAUUUUGUGUAUGUGGCUCGCCAUCCGACGGUCUUGGAGCUGGCGGGCUAGCAGCCUGCUGCUUUUGUCCGAGUGUUCAAAAAAGAACCGGGCCGAUUUUCUAAGGAUGCAUAGAAGACCCUGAGCUAAUAUGUCUCUUCUCUGCCUUCGGAGCGCAGUUAGUUGGAGGAACGUGUCCUCAUCCUGACUCUGCUUGUGAGCUUGCUCUAAGUUGGCAAUUUGUGCGUUUAGUGUUGUCAGUUGUCGUGUAUGUUCUUUUUUCCGUUGCGAACAGACCUUAAUAUAGUGUCCCCGUACGACACAUUUAUGUGCUUCCCACACCGUCAGGGGCGAUAUGUCGGGGGUUGUGUUGGCGUCAAAGUAUUGUGUUAAAGGACCACUAUAGUGCCAGGAAAACAUACUCGUUUUCCUGGCACUAUAGUGCCCUGAGGGUGCCCCCACCCUCAGGGACCCCCUCCCGCCCGGUUCUGGAAGGGGGAAAGGGGUAAUAACUUACCUUUUCCAAGCUGGAGGAGCUCUCCUCCUCCUCUCCGCCUCCGUUCGCCCGCCCGGCUGAAUGCGCGCAGCGGCAAGAGCUGCGCGCAUUCAGCCGUCGCAUAGGAAAGCAUUUACAAUGUUUUCUAUGACGCUGUGCUCUCACUGUGAAAUCACAGUGAGAAGCGCAAGCUAGUGGCUGUCAAUGAGACAGCCACUAGAGGCUUUGGGGGAAGGCUUAACCCAUUCAUAAUUAUAGCAGUUUCUCUGAAACUGCUAUAAUUAUGAAAAAAAUGGGUUAACCCUAGCUGGACCAUGCACCCAGACCACUUCAUUAAGCUGAAGUGGUCUGGGUGCCUAGAGUGGUCCUUUAAUGCUUGCCUGACUGGGUCCGUGUCUCCCAGGUUAAGCAGCAUAUUCUCAUUUAGCUUCCAGUGCCUUUCCGCUGGUUUGUGUAAUGGGGAUUGAAUCUGGACUGAGACCGGGGCGUGAUCUGACUCCGCAAUCAGGCCUAUGCUUGCCUUUCAGAGUAGUGGUAGGGCUUCCUGUGCCAUGAAGAUAUAGUCAAUCCGACUGUAUCGCUGAUGCACAGCCGAGUAAUAGGAAUAGUCCCUGCCGUCAGGGUGCGCCGCCCUCCAGCAAUCCACUAAUCCACUCCUUGUCAGUGCUCUCCCGACGGCGCGUGUGCAAUGACCUGGCUUUGAGCUUUCUCCCCUAGAGGUGUCCAGUCUAGCGUCUAGCGGUGUGUUGAGAUCUCCUGCCAUAAGUAAUAGGCCCUCUCUGAACUUUUUGAGCAACGUAAGUGUUUUAUUCAGGAAGUCAUGUUGGUUACGAUUCGGGGAAUACAGGCAGGCGAAUGUGUAAGGGCGUUGCGCUAUGGUCCCUUUGAUAAAUAGGUAUCUACCUCCUGGAUCUGUUCGUUGCUCUGUGCAAAAGAGGAUCGCCACCCCAGCUUUUUUUUGGUCAGUGUGGUUAGAGUAAUAUCCUGUGGGGUACCUUCCGUUUUUCAGGGUGGGGGCCUCCGCACCUUUAAGAUGCGUUUCCUGCAAAAACGCCACCGAGAUGCAUUCCGCCCAGAGGGUACGGAGUAACUGAGACCGCUUCUCGGGUACGUUUAGGCCUCUGACGUUGUUCGACCACAGAGUGAGUGGUGCCGGUACAUAGUUAGAGCCCAUCCCUGCCUGCUCGUGGGGCAGGGUAUGGGUGUGUCAAAGUAUCGCAGGGGUAAGGUUCGGGGGGGGAGAGGAGAGAAGUCGGGUCAAUGUCAGGGAGGGGGUGUAAGUCUGGGUAGAAGGUAACUAUGACUCGCCUCGGAGUCAGUCGCCCACCGGUGUCUAGUCCCUUCGGGGUAUGUCACCAGAGUAGCCUCCGAGGAUUUGUACAGUGUGAGUCAGUCACGUGGGGUACGUGGGUCGUCCGUUCUGGGGUAAACCGUCGUAUGAAUCGCACUGCUCUCACGGCACCCAGCCCACUAGUCUUGUUUAAUUGGAAUUUGCCCUACGGGUAUGGAGAAGAAGUAUGAGGGUGCCGCCUCCUCACCAUCCAAUUGCCUCUCUGUUCCUAAGGGUCUGAUAAAUGCGUGUCUAGUUGGUAUUUGGGCCCCGCUGCUGCCAUAAGGGUCCGGCCUCCUCGUGUGCUCCCACCCCGGCCAAGCCCCCCAGCUCCAUGAGCUCAGGUGUGUUUCCCACCCCUUGUGUAGGUGUGUGAAUAUCUAGGUGUGGUGCGAAACUUGUGAACUUCAUCAACGUUAAUAACAAUAACAACAUUACAGACCAGUCCACCGCUGUUAACAUUCCCCUCUCCCCUCUCCCCCAGGGAACGCACCCCUCCCCCCUGCUCCCGGUUUCAGCCGGGGAAUGUGUUGUCCUAUCCCGCUAGCUGGCUUGCUAACCCCUUCCGGGAUUGGACGAUGCUUGAUUCGUGGGACCCUCUGGGCGAGUAUGGGUCUGUCCAGACUUUAUCUUGGGAAGCAGCUCGGGUAGUUGGUGUCCGCUAAUGCUUCCCCCAUAUCCCAACCACCCAAAGGGGGGAUUCUGUGGGCGGUGAGUCCGAGUCCUUCAAGACAUGGGGUAUCCCCCUCCUUUAUCCUUAUCUUCCCCGGGUGUCACCCGUUCCCAUCAAAUCCCACCACCCCAAAUAUGUGGCAGCCCAUUGUCUCAAUUCCCGGUGACACUGGCUAGUUCUUAAAUGCUACGGGCCCGGGACAGGGGUGCAAGUACAUACCCAACAGUGUGUUAACUUCUCCGAAGUUGUGUGAUUCUCGCUGCUUAUGAAGGGUGCUUCUCCCCUGGGGGAGCAGUCCGGUAGUCUGUCUCACUGUGACGCGGUUUCUGGGUCAAAAUGGGGGUGCAAAAACUGGGGAGUUCAGCCGUCGGUGGGUGCACCAGGCACCGCCCUCCUGGGCUCCUGAGACCGUUAUUCCUCGUGGCUGUCCGGGCCGCCCCGGCGGAACCCUGCCCCUGUAAGGCCCGUACCCGACCUUGUGUUUGGAGCAUUUGGGUGUUGGGGCUGUCUCUCUAGGACCCAAUUUGAGACUGUCACGGCUGGGAGGCUCACGGCUUGUAGAAAGCGCGGGACGUCUGCUGGCCAGCGUAUGAUAUGCCAUAUAUUGCCCACCUUAGCCUGCAAGCUAAAGGGGAAUCCCCAUUUAUAUUGUAUCCGCCGAUCUCUGAGUAGGGUGGUUAGCGGUCUUAAUGCCCUUCUCGCUUCCAAGGUGAGCACUGAGAGAUCCUGAUAUAGGGAAAUCGGGGCAUCCAUGUAGGUGAGGUUCUGCCGACUUCUUGCUUCUCUCAUGAUUUCGUCUUUUAACGAGUAGGAGAGCAGGUAGCAGAUUACAUCUCUAUGCUGCCCCUCAGCGGUCACGGGGCGCAGGGCUCUGUGUGCAACUCAAUUCCAAAGUCUGCCGGGUCUCUGUCCCCUAGUAUGUGGGUGAACAGGCCCAGCAGGAGCUCUGGUAGUUCUUCCCCUGCGGAUUCAGGGAGUCCCCUUAUGCGGAUGUUGUUCCUCCGUCCGCGGUUGUCCAAAUCUUCCAGAUUCCUCCUUAGCUCCAACAAGACAUUGCCUUGUCUAGUGGUGGCUGUUUCAGUGGCUUGGCGGUGUUGUAUGAUUUGGGCUCGUUCUGCCUCUAAUUCCUCCACCCUGCGUUCCAGUGCUGUCAGGUCUCUCCUUACCUCCAUGACCUCCUCUCUGAUAACCGUUCUUAUUUCAGCCAGCAGUUCUGUUUAGUCCGCACGGGACAUCAUGUUUGCUGAUAUUGUGGCCAAGUCUGCUGCAAUUUGGGUCAGUGACUCCUCUCUGGCUGGGCCUAUUGCUGGGCUGUCAGUGCUACUCGCGUCCGGCGAGGUCGGCGCCAUUUUGGCCGCGGCCUGGUGCGCCCGCGUGUCUCGCGGCGUUCCGAGGUAUCCAUCCAUGGGUCCCGCGGUGCGACCCGGCGAGCCCGUUUGUGAGGGGCCAGGGGUGAGUAGCCUUUUAGUUUUACCCAUCCCGGGUCAAUUCGUGCCAGUGGAUCGGUGCGGUAGUGAGCUGGGGCCUAGGAGCUGCAGGGAGAUGCGUCUCACUCCAUACCCGGUCAGGCCACGCCCCUCGGUUUGUGAUUUUUUAACCCAUGGAUCAAGGCACAAACUCAAGUACCCAUGCUAUUUUAGUCACCUCCCAAUAGUUGAAACAGGUAUAUUAUUUACAUUAGGUCCCAGGUAAUUUCCUACAAUAAAUCGUUUAUGGUAGCUAAUUCUACAUUUUAUAAUAGAUCACCAUAUAGUCCUCGAUUUUAUAUUUUUGGAAAUGCUUUUCGAAUUAUUUAAUAUUUUUGGAAAACCUUUUUAAAUGAUUAUUUCAAAGUAUUAAAACAUCGAGAUAUAUAUCAUAUAUAUAUAUAUAUAAAAAAAAAUUGAAAUAUUUAAAAAUAUAUAUAUUUUUUAAAAGUUUAUCCAAAAAAAAGGAAUUGUAUCCAAAAAUAUUAAAUUGAGCCCAUACUUCCUUGUUCAUAAUUUGGGUCUCUAUUAAAAACAGGCUAAAAGCCUUAGUCACAGAAAGUUUAAAAUCAUAAAUACGAAAUCGAGAAUAUUUGCAAUGUUCACAUUUCCAUUGACCCAUGAUGCAAAUGGGUUGUAUCGCCCAUCAGGGAAUCACCCGAUGAGAUUUGUGCCAGGACAAGAGCAGAACUUCUCCUGCUGGCUAAAAGUAUAUGAACAGGAGGUGAUUCAGAGGAUAGCAAUAGCAGAACACUUCACAGUAGUUUCUUACAUUACUGACUCACUCACAGACACACACUUACAGACACACACAAUCACUGACAUACACACAUAAUGAUGCAGACACACCCACUCACUACUCACAGACACAUACACAAUCACUCAGACAUACACAUUCACUGACAGACAGACACACACAAUCAUUCAGACACACACAUACACAUUCACUGACAGACACACACAAUUACUCGGGCACACAGGCUCCCUCACAGACACUCACUGACAGACAUACACACUCACUCACAGGCACACACUGACAGACAUACAGGGAGUGCAGAAUUAUUAGGCAAAUGAGUAUUUUGACCACAUCAUCCUCUUUAUGCAUGUUGUCUUACUCCAAGCUGUAUAGGCUCGAAAGCCCACUACCAAUUAAGCAUAUUAGGUGAUGUGCAUCUCUGUAAUGAGAAGGGGUGUGGUCUAAUGACAUCAACACCCUAUAUCAGGUGUGAAUAAUUAUUAGGCAACUUCCUUUCCUUUGGCAAAAUGGGUCAAAAGAAGGACUUGACAGGCUCAGAAAAGUCAAAAAUAGUGAGAUAUCUUGCAGAGGGAUGCAGCACUCUUAAAAUUGCAAAGCUUCUGAAGCGUGAUCAUCGAACAAUCAAGCGUUUCAUUCAAAAUAGUCAACAGGGUCGCAAGAAGCGUGUGGAAAAACCAAGGCGCAAAAUAACUGCCCAUGAACUGAGAAAAGUCAAGCGUGCAGCUGCCACGAUGCCACUUGCCACCAGUUUGGCCAUAUUUCAGAGCUGUAACAUCACUGGAGUGCCCAAAAGCACAAGGUGUGCAAUACUCAGAGACAUGGCCAAGGUAAGAAAGGCUGAAAGAUGACCACCACUGAACAAGACACACAAGCUGAAACGUCAAGACUGGGCCAAGAAAAAUCUCAAGACUGAUUUUUCUAAGGUUUUAUGGACUGAUGAAAUGAGAGUGAGUCUUGAUGGGCCAGAUGGAUGGGCCCAUGGCUGGAUUGGUAAAGGGCAGAGAGCUCCAGUCCGACUCAGACGCUAGCAAGGUGGAGGUGGAGUACUGGUUUGGGCUGGUAUCAUCAAAGAUGAGCUUGUGGGGCCUUUUCGGGUUGAGGAUGGAGUCAAGCUCAACUCCCAGUCCUACUGCUAGUUCCUGGAAGACACCUUCUUCAAGCAGUGGAACAGGAAGAAGUCUGCAUCCUUCAAGAAAUACAUGAUUUUCAUGCAGGACAAUGCUCCAUCACACGCGUCCAAGUACUCCACAGCGUGGCUGGCAAGAAAGGGUAUAAAAGAAGAAAAUCUAAUGACAUGGCCUCCUUGUUCACCUGAUCUGAACCCCAUUUAGAACCUGUGGUCCAUCAUCAAAUGUGAGAUUUACAAGGAGGGAAAACAGUACACCUCUCUGAACAGUGUCUGGGAGGCUGUGGUUGCUGCUGCACGCAAUGUUGAUGGUGAACAGAUCAAACACUGACAGAAUCCAUGGAUGGCAGGCUUUUGAGUGCCCUUGCAAAGAAAGGUGGCUAUAUUGGUCACUGAUUUGUUUUUGUUUUGUUUUGAAUGUCAGAAAUGUAUAUUUGUGAAUGUUGAGAUGUUAUAUUGGUUUCACUGGUAAUAAUAAAUAAUUGAAAUGGGUAUAUAUUUGUUUUUUGUUAAGUUGCCUAAUAAUUAUGCACAGUAAUAGUCACCUGCACACACAGAUAUCCCCCUAACAUAGCUAAACUAAAAACAAACUAAAAACUACUUCCAAAAAUAUUCAGCUUUGAUAUUAAUUAGUUUUUUGGGUUCAUUGAGAACAUGGUUGUUGUUCAAUAAUAAAAUUAAUCCUCAAAAAUACAACUUGCCUAAUAAUUCUGCACUCCCUGUACACACACACUGACAGCCAGACACACACACAUACUGACAGACAGCCAGACACACACACACACACACACACACACACACAUUCCCCCUCCCCCCCAACACUCACAGAUUAUUUUUUAAUUUAAAUCCACCCAGCCUCCCUACCUUUGGGAAAGCUGGGUGGAAUUUUUACCUGGGGUCCAGUGGGGCUGCUGGUCGGGCUGUUUGUGCAAUGAGGGAGGCUGGCAGUCGGGCAUCCAGUUGAGGUCCAGGCGGUUGUACCGCAGAGUGAUGCCGGGAGCCGGAAUAUGAUGUCAGCUAGCCGCCUGCCUAACAAGGUAUUUGCCUGGAAAGUGCCGCCCUAGGCAAAUGCCUUGUUUGCCUUGUGGCAAAAUUUGCACUGGUUAUAAAUGAAAGAUUACUUGUUACUGUCAGUGUAUUGUGAAUUAGUCCAUUCAAUGCUACAGGGGGAACACAAUUCAAAUAUUCAGCUAAAAAAAAAAAUAACAGGCUUAUUAUGUACUGAUUCUGAGACUAUACCUGGUGUAGUAUCAUUGCGAUGGCACAGCACACUAAUUUUAUAAUUUUUCCCUUGUUGUCGCACAUUUGCAUAUUCAACAGAACAUAACAGAGAGCUAAAGCAAUCUAUGUUUGUUAUGGUUCCAUUUGGAGUGAAAACCUGGUUAAGUUUCCGAGUCCCCAGAUUGCAAUGCACUACACGUUUUUCAGCAGGAAAACUUUCAGCCAAUUUUCCAGAUUGCUGUACGGACACUUUCUGCUCAGUCAAGCACAAAACUGCAUCACACAGAGAUAACCUCAUAUUGUGGUCUGCCUAUGCUGCCUUCAUUUGUUAUUGAUUAGUUUUGAUUUGUGUCCAUCUUACCUCCUCUUUGCUUCCUCUUAGGACAAUGUAAGAAUAUUCUGCCCCCCGAGUCAGGCUCGUUGCAUGUAGUACACGGCAAUGGUUCUUCUGUUGGGACGGUCAUAAUGUUCCAGUGUUCCCCAAGGCUUGAAUUAGUAGGACAUGGAAUGACAACCUGUGUUUGGAAAGGGAACCAUACCUCAUGGACUACUGGAACACCAACUUGCAAACGUAAGAAUACUGAAAACUAGAGGAAGAUACUUCUCCAAAAUGUAAUGGUUUUAAGCUUAAUGUUUUUUAUUGAGAUGUUGGGAACCAUUUGACACAUUAACGAGAAGAAAUAUUGUAUUUUAAUAAAACAUUAAACUGGUUGGUCUGGACAUUAGAUCAAGGAGGGUUUAAUGAUGGCUGUCAGUGACACAAGAUGACUCAGUAAACCUUGGAUCGCAAUAAUAGGCCAUGAGCAAUAAAGAUGGCUUAGCUUUUAAAUGCCUACAUUGGCACGUAUAAGUAGGUCGGGCACAUAUCAGCAAAUGUGUUUUUCUAUGUGAAUUCCAGGUUCAUGCAUUCCAUUGACUAGGGUGGACUCACAUCUUGUUAUGAGGUUAGAUUGGAGAUCUGCUAGCUUCACCUGUCUGCUCAUACAGUGAAAUGUGAUUGGAAUAUUGAAAGCCAUCUUUAAAAUUCCAUGUGUAGGGGGAGUGUUAUUCUUGACAAAUGAUUUGCAAACAUUAACUGAUUGUGGAAGAUUGGUACAGAGUGGAUCACCAUGUUUGUGAGGCCUUGCUUUACAGUGUUCUUUUAUACAUGCCUAGUUUGUCUAUAAUUAUUCCUAAGUUCUUUCAAUUUAAUGUUGUCAACCAUUUGACAUUAUUACCUGUACCUUGGUGGUUAAUUUAUGUAUCUUGUCCUCAGCCAAACACAAUUCCAUAUCCUCAGAAAUCAUUUAAGUAAUAAUUGUAAGUAAGUAAUGGGUUAUACUGGUUUAAAGCAACCUAGGGCAUACUACACUCUUCUCCCAGCUCAUAAAAUGUACUUGACAAGUUGUAGGAAAUCACUUGUAUUCUCGACACCAAUAAAUAAGAUACGAUGGCCAUGACAAAAAGUUCAUAGGCCUAAUAGCAUGCUAUGGCUAAUUCUCAAGCCCAUAACUAGUCUAAAGUAUCAUUCACUGUAACCAUAUUGCAAAAGGCAUGCCUGGAACAUCAUUUCUAAAGAGAGCAACAUGAAUACAGAUGUUCCAUGGAGGGUAAUGUUAUAUUUUCCUCCCCUGCACCAUUCACCUCAGGUAGACCUUCAAGUGGGGUGAGAGAAUGAGGAACGGUACUUCCACAGAAGUAACAAAGCUUUUUUUGUAACUGUAGAUCAUUCCAAUGUUCAACAGAGUGGAACUGGCAAAGGCCCCAUACGUGUUGAAAAGUUGCCAAGUCCACUAUGUGGGAUGUUGUAAUAAACUGUACUUAGUAUUCAGUAUUGUGUAUUCAUUUUCUACUGUGUAACUAUUGGGGUGGCCUCCUUACUGGCACCACAUUAUAAUGUUCAAUAAAUUACCAACACUUUUAGAGAAGAAAUAGUUCUAUAAAAAAUAAAUAAAUUAAAUAAAUCAACAACUUCUUGCAAAAUGAACUAUCCUUACCCUCUCACACCUUAAAGAACACUCCAAGCACCAUUAUCACUACAGCUUGCUGUUGUGGCUAUGGGGCCAGAAGUGCCUUGGCUUCCUCUCCGAGUUAUUUUUGUUAAACUGUUUUACAAUGGUUUGAUAACUUACCUGGAUGCUUAUCCUGUGACUUCUCCUGCAGGAUGUCUUCCCUGAACUCACCAGGUCCGAUACAGGAAUGUCCUCAUUGAUUGAAAGCGUAGUUAUUUAGAGUAGCCCUGAAUGGCCCUCGAUGGAGCCAACUGGGAUUUCCGGCAAGCAAAAUCCAGAUGCAGGGCUGUCAAAAUUCAAACUUUUAAAUUACUCGUUUAAAGUGUUGAGUGUCACGUUCCUCACCACUUUGAAUUCUGAGGCAAUCAUGUGACUUGCUUCAGUGCGUGAAAGAUAAAAAAAUGCUACAUGUCUCCACUAGACGUAAUAUGAUGAUAAUUCCGACCACACCCGCCUAUAAUAAUUGCUACUCCCAAGGCAAUUUAUAAAUGGAGCACCUUAGGAUACCCCACCAAAUCAAAUGUAAAAACCCCCAAAACUCAGUUUUGCAGAAAUGAUGAAAAGAUGAACGUACUAUUCCAUAAGUGUCUUCACUAAUUUCAUUCUGAUAUCAGAUUAAGCCAGUAUUUAAUAAAUGAACAUUUAUUAUGAACAAAAAACAGUUACAGAGUAUACAAAUACAAAAUAUGUUCCAAACAAAUUUUACAUAGUCCAACAUAUAAAAAUAAAAAAGAGAAAGUUACAAAAAAUUUAAUACUCACUGUACUAGGAAAAUAUCAGUCUUUCUGUCCCAAGAUAAUGAAAAUUCACUACAAAUUUGAUUUGAUUCUCAAAAAGCAUAUACAUGUGCUUAGGUUUUUAGAAGAUUUUAUAUACACGUUUAUGCACAUCCCAGGUUCUAGGCUGGUUUCUCUAAGGAAGGGCUGAGUGCUAUAGGAAUUCCAGUUUUAUGAGAAUAAACUUGAAAACCUGGCUGAAAUUGCAAAAUGCUAAAUAUCUAUGUACAGGUGUGUCUGAUCUCUUUGUAACCUGGUCAAAUCAUCUUGGUGAAUUCAAACACUUCAUUUGGUACCAAACAUGAUAUAUAUUCCAUAAUGUCCCAAAAACAAAAUAGCAUCUAAAAUUGCUUCCAAGUUUUCAGUUAACUACCCUUCAUUGAACUUACAAUAUACAUUGCAAGUAUGUAAAUUAGCAUCUUAACUGAGAAGGUAGUAAAAACUCAUGGAAAUUGGGUAUCAUAGUCGUAAAUUUCUCUACACUAUUUGGUUUACAAACAUGCCUUCAAUGAAAUACCAUUUUACAGUAUUUUACAGACACCAACAAGAUUUCACCCACUGCUUCCCACACACAGUUCACCUCAUGGGUCUUCGUUAAAGGCAGCUAAAUGUACCCUCCCCAUGCUGUAAUUAAUCAUACCAGUUAUAUUCUCAUGCGAGCAGGGUCCUCAGCAAAUUAUUUGUUUUGUCAAAUUUUGUAAAAGUUUGUAUCUUAUUGUUUAAUUCCCUUCCUUAUAACAUUGUAAAGCACUGUGAAAUAAGUGGGUGCCAUAUAAAUGCCAAUAAUAAUAAACCUAUAUUGGGUAACCAUCCCAUGCAUCCACUACACACAUUACAUAAGUAAACCAUAUAUUGACAAUGAAUACAUAUCACAUUAAUUUACAGUAUUUUUACAGUGGACAAUGAAUCAAGCCCACUUGGCAUAUCAAUCUAACACUAUACAAAUUAUUAAAGUUCGGGGUACCCUGCACUGUAACAUUGUGUGCUAGGUCAUUGUAGGUACUGUACUGUUUUCAACUACAGUUAGAAUUGUGAAUUGCAAAUGAAUUUCUAAAGUCAAAAAAGCCACUGGAAAAAAAAUCUCCAAGUCUGCUAUGCUUCCAGUUUUGCUAUUGUGACCUUAAAGAGACUUAAUCUCAAUGAAGUGGUCUGGGUGCAGUGUCCCUGUCCUUUUAACCCUACAAUAUAAAACUGUGCAGGGUUUAAGGAAUAUUAUAGGCACUAGCUUUAACAAAGCAGUUUUUGUGUAAAGAUCCUGACCCUACAGUUUCACUACUCAAUAAUCUGCCAUUUAGGAGUUACAUCACUUUUGUUUGAGUCCAUUCAGCCUUAUCCACACCCCCUCUGUCUGUUGGUCACACAACCUGCAUUAUGUAUCAGGACAUACUUGAAAAACCCAGGACAUACUUGAAAACAAGAUAAAUCUCAAUGUAUCUUUCCUGGUAAAAUAUUUUAUGAAUAAAUAUAUAAAAUAAUUUUUUCAUUUAUUUUCAAUCAGAUGUUAACUUGCUUUAGAUGUUUUUAGCUCUUGCUCUGUAAAUUGAACUUUAAUCACACGCAAGAGGCCCAAUCAUAGUCUAAAAGGCUAUUUACAGAACAGGAGAAAAUAUAAAUUAAACAGACUGUGCAGGAAGUAAGAUUAAAGUUUAGAUCUUUCUGUACAGGAAGUGUUUAGGAAGGCUGUGCCAGUUGCAUACAGGGAGGUGUGUCUAGGACUGUAUAAACAAAGUGCUUUAUCUCCUAAAUGGCAGAAAAUAGAGCUGUAGGACUGCAGGGGCAUGAUCUAUAUAUGUAAAUAAAGUUGUUUUGGUGCCUAUAGUGUCCCUUUAAACUAAAUACUAUCUCACAUAAAAUGACUGUAGAAGGCUUUUAUCUUCAUGACACCACACAGGUUCCAAGAUUAACCUUCUUACAUAAUACCACGCAAAGUAACUUGUUUAGGAUGCUAGUUCUAGUUUUUCCCAUAGGAAAGCAUUAAUUCAGUUCUUUCCUAUAAUGAAGUUAAAAUGCACGUGCUCACCGUGCAUUAUGUCCCCAAUACUCCUUUAUGCUACUUUAUGGAUUAUACCACACUGAAGAAGGCCAUAGCCCCUCUGUGACGUCGGAGGAAAAGUAAAAUAAGGAAAAGUAAAGUGCACACAGUGGGGACCUGAAUACAAGUAGGGACAGGGACACUAUAACGUUAGGAAUACAGAUUUGUAUUUGUAACGCUAUAGUAUUCCUAUAAUUUGGAAAUUCACUUUUAAUUCAUCUUAAAUUCCUUACAGUUAUCACUUUAGUAAAUACUAUUUGCAGAUAAUUCACAAAGCAAGUGCAAAAUUGAAUUUGAAAAUUCAAGUUAUAGUAAGCCUGUCUAUUUUGGCCUAAACUUUGCAGUUCCUGUAUAUUCAGCUGCUGUUUUAGUAAAUAAAGCCACUAGUGCAAGUAAAUUGGCUCAGUCAAUUAGCUAAAAAAAAGUUACUUGUUGCUGACAGAAGGGUUAACAGCUCCUAUACAAUAUGGCAGGCCGGAUGGACAGUGUUUGAUCAAUCAUUCUGCCAGUAAGAACUAAUGCCCGGAAAUAAUGCACAGCUUGACAGCAGUGUGAUAAAAUGCAUAGGAUAAAUGAAAUUGCUAUUGCAUUUUGGUUACACAGCCAUCUUUCUCUCUCUCUGUCUCUCUCUCUCUCUCUUUGCAGCACUGUCUAAAUAUGAUACGUUUGGGUUUAAAGUGGCAGUAAUUGCUUCCAUUGUAAGCUGUGCAAUCAUCCUGCUGAUGUCUAUGGCAUUUUUUAUAUGCUGCCUUGUCAAGUGCGUCAAGAAAAAUGAGAGGCAACGCUUAGAAAGGUAAGAGGAAACCAAAAUGAUGAUAUAUAAAUGUGUAUGUGUGUGUAUAAAAAUAUCUAUCAAACAGGGGCUCUGCACUCCACUCUCCACAAAAAUAUGUGCCCUGGUGAUAGCAGGUCUGAAUUAAAAAGAAGCACACUCGAGGGACUUGAAUUAAGUGCAGUAUCACUGCUUUAAUAAAGCAGUACAGAAACAAAUAAAGUACGUUUUCAGUCUCAAUUCUAGACUUUUCUGAAGAGAGAGAGCGAGAGAGAGAGUGUGUGUGUGUCUAUCAAUCCUGGAUUGUGAUUGGUUGCCAAAAUUGCAUAUUCUGUACAGCCUUAUUUUAUGAUUGGUCAAUCAGACCUUGAAAAGUGUGACGAAAUUCCAAAAUGGCCACUUCCAUAUUAUCACUCAAGAAAUUAUUAUAGCUGAAUUUGCCAUUGCUUGCAGAUGGAAAUAUUAAUCUUUCUGCCAUACUGUUUUUCAACAGUUUCCAACUUUGUAGGAUAGUCCCGAUAUGAGCCUCCUGUCUCAUUGGCUUGGGUUUGCUCUCGUUGUCAGUAAGUGUAUCAGUGGACACACCUGGGCUGUUCAUACUGUGCUCAGGUUAUUCAGCAGUCUGAGCCUUAGUUGGGCUGGCCAGUGUGGCAGCCAGUCUCAAUCACACGCUUCCUUUUUGUACAGGCUUGACCCUUUUCCCAGACACCCAUGCCCCUGUCAUCACAGACAUUCACACACACACAUACAGACACAGAAAUACAGACAUUCACACACACACAGACAGACACAGAAAUACAGACAUUCUCACACACACACACACAUACAGACACAGAAAUACAGACAUUCUCAAACACACACAGAAAUACAGACAUUCUCAAACACACACACACACACACACACACAUACAGACACGGAAAUACAGACAGACAUUCUCACACACACACACACACAUACAGACACAGGUUGCUCCGCUUGGCCAGGGCCGCACCACAAUGCCGGCAUGGCAGCCAGGCUCCCUGAAAUGACGGGCCCGGUCGCAACUGCGACCCCUGCGACCGCGGUAGUUCCGCCACUGCUUUUGUGUCUUAUGUGGAUUUCUUUUCCAGAUGAAACACUGCCUGCACCCUUCCCUAUUAGUGAAUUUGAGACUUGAGCUGCUUUUCAUUUCACAUCCAGACUGGAAUAUAAGGAAUUUACGACUUGUGUCAACUAUCUGAGACUAUCCAAUUCUCAUUAACAGCCAGGGAUGAUAGAUGGCAAUUUAAAUAUCUCUGGAGACAGUUUAAUUUGCCUCUGACACCAGAGAAAGUGACCGUUGCUUACAUUUUAGGUUAAUUGGUCUAGAGAACAAUAUGUUUUCAUUGGGAUUAAAUUGAUAUUGUGUUAAAGUUAAUUAACUGGAAAGUUUAUGAGCAGAAGAAAAAUAGAAGAAAAAAAAAAUGAAAUAGACACACUUAUCGCUAUAAAUUUUGUGGCAUCAAGAAAAAUGUAAGGGAUUAAACGUUCAUGUUUUAUUAAAUGCUCUGCUAGAUCAGGGCAAAGGCAGUGCUAGAUUUUAAUUUGGGGGGCUAACAAAAGUGGGACUCCAAAUUAUUAAAGGGUUACUCCAAUCCUUCUUUAUCAAAAGAGCAUUCUAACAUAGAAUACCCAAUUGGGCAUUACUAAUUAGGUCCCACUCCUUACAAUAGUAUUUAUUUAUUUUUUGUUUGCAUAUAUUUUAAUGAAUGAUCUGUAUCCUGCAAUGCAAAAACGGAGGAUCACUUAGAACCUGGAGUGCUCCAUUAAUUAUCAAAAAUGUGGAAGAGACAUGUAUGGGGACAUUGUGGAAGGCAUAUGUUUUUAAAUAAAAAAUUAGGCAUCAUGAUGUUUUUAACUGUGCUAUUUAAUCUAUUCUUAUUUUUUUACAAUUUAAAACUUUUUUCUUUUCUAUACUUUUAUUAGAGAGAAGGUUGUGUGGCAUCAGCUAGACUGUGACGAUUUGGAAAAUGUGCAGGCCACAUAUUUUGGGAUCAAAGGCAGAAAUAACAACAACAAUAAGGAAGGGAACAGGAUAAUAUUUGAUUGGAUAAAUAUGGCUUAUGAGAACCAUGGAUUUUGCAGGUAGGUGUCAAUUGUCAAAUUACACAACUAUUACUCUGAUAUCUGUUUUUUAUUUAGCCGGUUCUCAUCUUAAAUUAGACAUGCAAUGCACAAUGAAUAUGUUGUUUACAACAGCAUUACAAACUCAAUACUCACACCAUUUCUACACACACUAUAUUUUGUACCCAACAGUCCUGCAUAUGCACAUGUGACUCAGGCCCCCUAUCACCAUCAGUCUUUUUUGAGAAUGUAUGUAAUCCCGAGUACAAAUCAGUGAACAGAUACAAAAUCGGGAAAGGGAAAAAGUGGGAAAUGGUUUGAUGGUGUUUUGGAAAGUUACAGGGUCAAAUAAAGAGAGUGUGCUUUGUAGUUUUUACACAUUGAAAUUUGCCAGAUUGGUGUCAAGAAGGAUAUUUUUUUCUUCGUUUGUUGCAAAAUUGGAAGUGCUUCAAACUGCCUUUUUUUGGCCUUCUUUUUGAGCAACAGCGAAAAACAGAUGUGAGGAAGGCUGAACUUGAUGGACACCUGUCUCUUUUCAGCUUAUCUAUGUAAUUAUGUAACUAUGUUGCCUUUGAGACCAUAUGGUACUCACAAUGGGGUAUGUCCAGUCAUUUUUUGUAGCUAGUCACAAAAACCUAAGUUAAUUUUCAUAUAUUUUAAUUUUUUUGGUAUUUUUAUUUCAGCACACAAACCCCACUUUCACUGAUGAUAUCAUUGUUAUUAUAUGUUUUACUACUCUGAAACAAUCAUAUCUGCCUUCAGUGAUGUCCCACAAGUACAACAGUACCCCCCAUGUACAGGUUUUAAGGGAUUUAGAAAAGUUACAGGGUCAAAUAUAAGGCUUGCAAAUUAAACUCUCUGGAAUUUCUGCCUGGGUCCCCCAAUACAUAUAUGUGUGUAUCAAAAUACACUUAAAAUGAAAUGAUAUAGAUAUAUAUAUAUAUAUAUAUAUAUAUAUAUAUAUAUAUAUAUAUAUAUAUAUAUAUAUUAAAUCUACGUGUAACAUAUAUGUUAUUUCUAUUUAAUUAGCUUGUUUCAUUAAUUAUAUAUUGAGGUAACUGCCUGCCAAACCUGUCAAUCAAGCCGAUCCGAGUCAUGUGAUUGCGGUGUUAUUGCACUCACAUUACUCGGAUCGGCUGGAUUGCUUUGUUUGUCGCGCUCACCAUGGAGGUUAAGUAUUUGGGCUGGAGGAAGGGUGCGGUCAUUAGGGCAUUAAAGCCCUCCUUUUGUAGGACAACAUAGCACACCCUUAUGUCCGGUAAGGGCGUAGGAAAGCUCCAAUUCCUUUGUCAAAUUUGUCAAGCUAACAAAGGAUGUGGCGCUUGCCUUAAGCUCUGCCCUUUAUCAAGACUUGUCAGACAUAGGACAAAAUACUUAAUUCAGAAUAGUCCCUACUUUGUCUCAUGUUUUAUAGAGAAAUAAAUGAAAAAAUGUAAUUAGAAGAACAGAGAGGAGGAAUAAUAGAAGAAAGUUUGAGGUGACAGAGCCACUUUAGAGAGUGACUUCAUGUUUUAAGAUGUAUCUGGCCAUUAAUAUUAUUUCGGUGUGUUACGAUUUAAUUACUAAUUUUAAGGGGGUUAACAAGUAUAAGUUAGUGGGUUCCGUCGAGAAUAAUCAGAGUGGUUGGUCACUCCUUAGUGACUGGUGUUUAGCAGCGUCAGCCAAUAAAGCUUUAAUGUUCAUGGUGAAAACUCUGCAGUUGGUAAGCAGCCUUCGUGACCUUCAAUGGGUUAAUCAUACAGAAAGAGAGGCAAAAUAAACAGUUAUUAAUUGCAUAUAGUGAUCCCUCAGCAAGAAGCAAACAUCGAGAACCUCUGUGCCAAGUACUACAGGACUUUAAUGUUUAAAGUGCUAAUUGUUGCCCUGACAUUUGGAGGAUUUAUCUGCUCUUAGCAAGUUAAUGUAUAUUUAUAAGUGAACCUGUAGGUGUUUAUGGUUCCUGCUGUUAUAUCAGGGAUAUUUUUGAAGGGCUGUGUUUAGGUAAACAUUCCAGCAUAAACAGUGUUUAGUUAGUUGGCAGGAAUCUAUAGAGCUGAAGCUGUCAUUUUUGUGUUUCACCAUUUAAUUAGAUGCCUACUGCUUAUUGAUAUUCCAUAGCCCGUGCAAUGUGAAAUAAGAGAUAUAAAAAUAGAUCUCUUGUAUCAGCAUCGAUAGGAGUUAAUUCCCCAAACAGUGUGGUGUGUUGACAACAGAAUUGCAAAAUAUAGUAAAAAUAGCAAAGCUAGAACAGAUUUGCAAUUUAAAGCUGGAGAGGAUUUGCUACUUUGCCCUACAUUUUCAAUUUGUUUGUCAGUUUACAACAAUUCUGUGUUUAGAGAAUAAGCCACCGUGCCAUACUUGUCAAAACUGCUGUAGGUGUAAGACGGUCCUGAUUUGAGACACGUGUCUAAUAGUUUACUCUCGUGUCUGCAAACACUAGAGCAAAUAUUGAGACUGAGUAUCUUAAGGUUCUUGAUUAUCUCUUCUUCUUAUAUGUCAAAAUUGUUCUGUUGCAAUUACUUGUAUGUCUAGGUUACUAUUCCCGCACCGUAAAAUAUUUUGUAUACAAUAUUAAUAAGGGAAUUGUCCCUGACUGCAAUGCUGCUUUAAUUGAACUUGAGCUUCACACGUUGUGGGAUUUUGUCAGUAGUUGGUAGAUAUAAAUGACUUUGUAUAAUAAGCCUAUCAGAUUUAUUACAUUACACCAUCAGAUACAAUUUGAUUUUCUGUCUACCUUGCUGGGUAACAGCUGUCUGUCUGUAAAUAUCUGCAGUAAAUGGUGAGGACAGACAGAAUCCAAUGUCCUGGCAUAGUAAGAGUGCUUUGGAUGUCCUUCAACCCCUUUGCCCUGCUCUGGGUAUGAAUUAUCUAGACCUGAAGAGACUAUUUGAGCACAAGAGCAUUGGUACAAGAUUUAGUGGAAUAGGGAAUUCCCACUACUGUUAAAGAUGAAAGUAGAGGGACAGGAAGAUGUCAUCAAGACCCUGAAGAAGCAUGUAAUUGCUUUGGAUAAACUCUUUGUAGAAAGUACAGUGGAGACAAAAUGUACAAAUAUAUCUUAUCCAGGAGGCUGGUUGCAACUUUAAGUUGUGGAAAAUGUGACUUUUGAUCAGUGCAUUUGCUUUAACCCUCCGCAGAGAUAGUGAAUUAUUUUGACGUGAAUACAAAGCAGUGCCAACAGAGAAUAAUCAUAGCCUUUCCACUUUAUCAAAUAUUCAACUCUGUUAUAACGGAUUUUGGAAUCGAGUAUCUCCUCAAUCUCAUAUUCCUCACCAUUGUCAAUGAGGAUAGGAGGUGGAGGAGUGUGCAGUGGUGAUAUAGGGUCAAAAUGGUCAACUUUUAAUAAAGAAACAUGAAAAACAGAGAAACAGUAGAUCCAGAAGGAAUAAAUGGUCAUCUGUUAGGCAGAAGGUAACUGCAGGCCGAGGUAGUCAACAGUAGAUCAAUCAGGUAAGUAGUAAGAAGGUAUUAGGGGGUUCCGAUGACAAGGCACUCUGAGUCAUGGUGAAGGAUCCUAGGAGAGGGAAGGAAGGUGAAAUUUGCAUGCAAGGGUUUAGACACAUUAAUUGUGCCCUGAGGCACAGACGACAGACGCUUAAAUAAGCUAGCAUUACGUAUGUCAGUGCCGUCUUAAAGGAACGGUAUUAAAACAGUAAAAUUCCUGACAUAUAAACUAAAGGUCUAUUAUCCCAACUCCCUUUUUGUCACGACUACUAGUGACCCAACUAUGUUAACACAAAAUAUGUAUACCGGGCCUUAGAAUGGCCGGACUUAACGUAAGAGAAUAGUCAGAAACAAUCCAAAGUCAAGGGUACAGAAAUACACAAUAAACGUAGAACUAGCCCAAAGUCAGGAUAUCAGAAGUAGGGAAAGUUGAAUAGAAGCCAAAGUCAAAUACCAGAAAAAUCUAAUGAACAGGAACGCACUCUCAGACAACCAACAAGUGGUAACCACGACAGGGCACUGAGAAAAGGCAUAAGAGGGUUUAAAUAUCCCUCUCAGUGCUGUAAUUAAUCAGUACAUGGCCUUUGACCCCAAAACGUCAUGAUGUUGACACACACGCACGCCAGCGCCAUCUUUAAUGUGGGCAGUACGCCAAUACAACCUCCCAGCUCUGUGACACUUUUUUACCUCAAAGCUUGUUUUGUAUAUACACCACAUGACUAACAUUUUCCUCUCCAUAUGUUUCUUUUUUUUUUUUGUAUGCACUUACAUUACUAAUUUUGACAAGCAGGAUUUCUCAAGGGAAGCACUAUUUCUGUGGACUGCACAGCCUUGUCCUAUAGGAUGUUCUCCUUGUUGAGGGAUGGGCAAUUUUCCGCACUCCAGAUAUUGUGGACUACAUCUCUCCUGAUGCUCUGCUAGCAUUAUCGCUGUCAGAACAUUAUAGGAGAUGUAAUCCACAUCUUUCCUAGUCCCUGGUCCUUUAAGAAAUCAUGUAGGUGACUUGUUAAUGGACUUUCACCUCUAUGCUCUACAGCUUCGCCCACUUGUGUUUGCACAACCUCCCCCAUGCUCCUUUGAGUAGGCCUUUAUUACUACUAUGCAUUGCUCACAUUAUUAUUCCCUUUUUCAAUUGUUUGCACACUGUAAAAUUUUAAGAUCUCGGUGGAGUGUGUUUGUUGCUAUAUAAACGAUAAUAAUAACAAUUAAUAAAAUGAAUAAAAGAGAAUGCUAUUCUUUAAAUAAAAGCUAGUACCUAACCUAAAAACAUUGUCAGGAAUGCAGCGUAUUUUGUUAAUAUCACUACAGAAUAAUUAUAUAUUGUUCUUUUAUCGGAUUUUUAUCCCCCUGCUAUUCUUUUGUAUAAUUCACAGCAACAGUAUAUGGCAAUUGUAUAUAAGAAUAAUUAAUAUAUAUAUAUAUAUAUAUAUAUAUAUAUAUAUUUAUUAUUAUUAUUUUUAUUUUUUUAAUAGAUGUCUGUCCGUAGAAUUAAUUCAAGAAUUUCUAAGAGGGGAAACGUUCUUAUUUGGCUAUGUAUGCAUAUGUCCAAUCCUCAAUCAGCUCACCCCCAUAAUGUAAGAUUCCUCCACUUCAACAGUCUUCCAUUUUUGGAGCACCAACUUUUUCCUGUGAUUGGCUAUACUUUCUCCCAUAGGUAGCUAGGCCAUCAUCUCCGAGCCUCCAAAGUUAGAACGUUUUAGAGGAAUCUAUUGUUGUUUACCCCUGUUAUUGUUUUCAUCAAUUCAAGCACAUGUUGCAAGAAGGGAGAUGCAAAAAACACUAGAGUAUGUUGAACUUUUGUAAUGCUCAAGAGCCAACAGGGGGCUUAAAUUGUUAGUAAUUGUCCUCACAUAACAGUAGGGGAAAAAAAACGGUAUUAGCCAGAUAUUCAGAGUAAUUUUACUAUAUUGUAUGGUCACACCAAACCACAUGCACCAAGGUUGCUGGAUAAUGCAGGAUGUAUCAUGUCAAAUGAGUCAAGUCUUCCUAAAACAGAAGUCACUGUCAUGUUGAAUGCUUCAUGCGUACUGUAACCAGUGGUGUGUUUUGAAAUGGUUUUCCUCUAGGCAUGACAGAUCUCGGGCACCCCCUAAUUUAAAUGUACCCACCCCUUCCUGCCAAGGCCACACCUCUUCCUGUUAACCCCUUAAGGACCAAACUUCUGGAAUAAAAGGGAAUCAUGACAUGUCAGACAUGUCAUGUGUCCUUAAGGGGUUAACUUACACACAUUUUGACUGAUAAACACACACUGACAUACACACAUACGCUCACUGAUUUGACACAAUCUGACACACAUACAAUCAUUUAGACACUCACUGACAGACACGCACAAUCACUGGACACACACACUCACAGACAUUCACUGACAGACACACACGUUCCUUGAAACACACAAACUCACUGAUAGACACACACACUCACUCAAAUUCACUGACACACACAAACUCACUCCCAUUCACUGACACACACACUUACCCACAUUCACUGAUACACACUCACUCAAAUUCACUGACACACACUCACUCAAAUUCACUGACACACACACUCACAGUCACUGACACACACAAUCACAGUCACUGACACACACACACAGUCAUAUUCAUUGACAAACACACAUUUUCCCCCAACACUCACAAUUAUUAUUAUUAUUAUUUUCAAUUUAAAUCCACCCAGUCUCCCUACUUUUGGGAUAGCUUGGUGGAUUUUUCACCUGGGGUCCAGUGGGACUGCUGGUCGGGAUGCUGGGCAGGAAGGUAGCUGGACGUGCAGGUGGGCGGGCACUCUAAGUUGUCAGCGAGGGAGCUGUGAUCUCUCUGCUCACCUCCCUAGUGAGCCACAGAGUGAUGGCGGGAGCCGGACUAACGCUCCCAGGCAUCACUGCAGGUCACGCAAGAGAGCUGAGUAGAGAGAGCUCAGGGGAAAGUGCUCCCUCGCCGCCCACGAAACAACUGGCCGCCUGACCUGGGGGAGCCCAAAGGUGACCAGCUGGCCAGCUCUUGGGCCCCCAUAAAACGAGGCAAACAAGGCAUUAGCCUGGGCAUUUGGGGGCGACGUUCUUCAAUGUGCUCAAUAACAUCGUGUAAUCAGCAAUUCCUAUGAAGUCCAAACAUACAUCAUUGCCUCACAGGAUCUUAACUCCCUUCAUUCUUUGCUUGAUAAAAACUACUGUCUAUUUCUACAUACUUUGUAAAAUUAGCUGCUAAUUAUAUGACAUGAAAAGGCCCCAAAAAAAACUCAGGAAAAAUAUUUUAGGCCUUCAAUCAUAAAAUAAUACCUUCAGCAGAAAUAAUAGACUGACAGAGAAAAUUUGGAAGAAAAUUGGCAAGACUUUUUAUUAACAUAAUUACUAAUCAACAUAAAUUCCCAUCUGUCAGAUGUCUAAUACCAUAAGGCUGUUAAUGGCAUUGCAAACCGGCCGUCCUUGUCCUAUGAAUGGCUUUGAUACUGCCUUGUGAUGUGCUGGACAGAAAUUAAUAUAGCUGGGACAGUAAAAAAAAAAAAAAUUCUGGGGACUUUUUCUUAUAUAAUAUCUUAUAUUUUCUAAACAUUUUAUACAAAGUAUGCCUGCAAACAUUUCAGAAGUUAUAGGAGAACAUUUCCCAAGCUCUAAGGCUUACUGUAAGCAGAUAUAUUCACCUUCCUAACUGACGCAGGGGAGUACAGCUGGACAAGAAACCCACCAUAGGAGAAUCUAUACCAUGGAACCACCAGGUGGAAAGUUUUAUUUUCAAUGAGACUCAUCUUUUUUUUCGAGUGCCUAUUUAUCUCCUUUGAGUAGAUUUUCCUUCUCUAAUGCAUAGUGUCUUCUUUCUCUUCCUGCUACACAGUAACUCAUUCAGCCACCUGUUAUGGCCUUAUAGAGCAUUGCGAUCUGUCUUUAUCAAGAACAGUGGCACACGGGUUCCAAAAAAGCAUAAGAUCUUCACCCAAUGCAUCUUAAUAAAAACUGUUAAAUGUUUGGUAUUGAUCCCCAUUGUACUCCUACAUAGGUCUUUUGCUUUUCCUGAUCCAUGCUUGUUAGUACUCCUUCUUCCAUCAUAGAUGGACUUAUGUAUACUUGCAAUAAUAUUAGUGCAUAGUGAGACUCUAUCAAGUGUCCCCACCAACAUCCGUAAGAUUAUUUUGUUAUUGAGGUAUAUGCUAUAUGCCUACUGCUGCCAAGCUAUGUAUUCCCCAGAGCCAUUGACAUUAGUGGAUAGAGUGAAUGAGCUCACAAAAAAAACUGUUUUGGGAUCCCUUUGAUAAACGUUUCUCUCCUGACCUAUACCUUGUCUGAGUUUGACAUUCCUUGACUUAUUUUUUUCCUUGACAUUUAGUGUAUAUCUGACAUUAAUCUUUACAUGUAUAAUGUUGGUCAUGUUUCAUGGCACACUUCUUUCAUAUUUUUGACGAACACCACGCUACAACCUGCGUAUAUCACUGACAUGUCCUUUCGCUUUUCUUCUUUCUUUUCGAUUGCCUCCCUUGUUUUCAUCAAAGUUCUUUGAAUUCAAUGCCUACACGAUGUAAGCAUGUAUGCGCCGUGAUUAAUAUGUAUUGCAAAACUUAUGCAGAACGUGCUUCCUUGCACAAUACUGGUUACUUUAUAAAGGAAGGGUGUAACUAACAAGUAAAUCUUCUAUUUCAUUUCCUUUUGCCAGAAUGUAACUCUGUAAAAUCUGACCACUUCCUAAUCUUACAAAGAUGACUUCAGUAAACAAGGAGGAAAAGCACUAAGAUCAAAUUUAACCUCAGAAUUUAUUGCAUAAUGAAUGGUUUCCCUAAAUUACAGGCAAAAUACAGACACGUUUAGAAUGUUAUACUGACCUAACAUUCUUUAGAAGCAUCUGUGGAAACUGCACAUAUUUCUGAAGUGCAGGUACCCCCUAAUCCUCAUGGACAAUAUAAAUGCUGUGUACGGAGACUAGAACAUUAUAAAAUGAAUAGUUACCUACUUACAAAUACAUGGCUAAUGGGUUGAUAAAGAAAACUCAAGACAUUCAAAUUACUAUUUUAACCAGUGGUUUUAACUCUUUCGUUGGCAUUUAAAAUUGAAUCCACAUGCUCUUUUAGUGGAUCUGCGAGCAGACACUUUAUAUUCAUCCAGUUCCCAGGCAAAUGCUCACAAUAAGUUGUUUAGAGUAACAUCACUCCCUUCCACGGUAAGCCUAAAAAAAGUAUUUUUAGAAUAAAUGUUAGUAUUAAUUCUAUGAAAUAGUUCCCUUGCAAAAAACCCUUCCCCAGCGUAAGUAUUGAAAAUAAGGUUGAUUUAACAACUUACCUGCUAGGUGCCCACUGCUCUCAUAACUUCCUGCACUGAGUUAAGCCCAGCAGUGAGGCGAGGCACUCAUUGGUUAAGAGCACUUAACUAACGCUCAGGUAAGUUGUCAUGCUGCUCAUAAAAGUUUUUGAUUACUUAUAAUAAAGUACCAUGUAUUUAAGUUGGUUCCUGUUAAAAUUAUUAAGAAUCAGUGGUUUACUCCAUCCGUUUUUUGCAUUUGAUCCAAAAGAAUGAGAAAACAUUCUACAACACUCUGUUGUCAUGAAAGCAAUAUGUUUGUAAAUUCAUAUUUACUUGCUUUCAUAACAUACUUGGCCGAAUAUAUGCACUCUUUAUUCCAAUCCCUUAUUGCCCCUCUGAUAUAACCAAUGCUGCUCUGUACCAUCAAGCACAAGUCAAUAUUUUUCUACAUUAUGAUUUGUGUAUCAAUAGAGCUCCGUUUCAAAACAGUACCCCGACAUCCACUCACACGUUUUUACUGUUUGCUGCAGAGAGAGACCUGAUUAGAAUUCAGGAUUAGCACAGUAUCUGAUAGACAUCUUUUCUCGAGUUGACGCUUUGCUUUUUUAGCUCAAGGACUUACAAAGAACCAAGUGGUAACUGAAAUACUUUAUCAUGUUUGCAUUGUACAUUUAUUGUAAUAACAAUUUGUCCUCUUUUCUUUCAGAUGCCAUGAGAUGCAUGCUGGGAAUAUAAGUGCCACUGGAUUUAAGGAACACAACCGAGCACAUUGUACAGGAAAACCAAUAUCCACUAAGCAUUUUGUCCCUGGACACAGUGUUCCUUUACAUACUGUGAGUGGAGUACACGUGGUGGAGAUCUAUGGCCAAGACAAAGAGAUUCAUCGGAGAAUGGAGUCUCAUAUAUAUGAGUAACAAUAAACAAACCAACAUUUUUUAGGGAAUGGACAAAACAAAUAAUUGUAUAUAACUAUGUGCCUUAAAAAUGACUUGAAUGUUCUUGUAAGUGUGCUCACGUGAAUGACAUAUUAAUGUAAAUUUCUGCAGCUUUAUUCUGAUGCUAGGUGAACGAUAUUUCAAAAAGGGUUGUAACAUUUUUCUACAGAGAGGUUCGGUAUCGUUGGCAAAUGCAAAGGUUUUACUAAAGUUUGAUAGAUAUUUCAUUGGGGAGCAAAGUUUAUUUAGAUAAAUUAUACUUGGGAAAAAAAGGCAACAACAACAAAAUAAAUACUCUAGAGACUGUUAUAUAAUGUAAUAUUGCAAUUAAUCUACCAGUGUUAAUGGGACCCUGUUAAUUAAAUAGUGUUUAUAGUUUGAGAAUAUUGUUUAGAAUGUGUUCACCACCCAUUUUUUUUUUACAAUGACUUCAAAGAGAAAACAGAGCCAAAAAUGUAAAAUUCUCUUUUUCUAUAUAUUUCUGUUACUGUAUCUGCACAAUAUAAAGGGCUCUGUUAUGUUUUGAUCACGGUGCGAUAAAAUGGCCGAAGCAAUAAAAUAUAGGCUGAACUGCCGGUCAAGUGCCACCUUUGAAAGGCUUUCCAUAAAUAUUUGUCGCCCGCAAUGAAUUUUUGUAUAGAAAUACGGAUACAUUUUGUUAUUUUAUUCCCGAUGAUACAGAUAAGUUUUAUAUAGUACGAAUGAUUUACCAUCCUGGAGGCAAAAAGAACAUCGAUCAAUAGGUUUUGUGUGUAAUCGAACUUGCCUCUUAAGUAAGAAGUUGGCAGUGUAAGCUCUGGGAUAUUGGCACACAGAGUGAUGAAAUAUGUUUUGCAGAUUUUAGCUUUUCCAAUAGAAUGGUUCUCCAAUCUUACAGAUGGACACAAGAUUAUCAGUUAUUGCAGAAUUUCAACUGUAAUGUUGUUUUAUGAGAUGUAAGCAUGGAAAAUGUAAUGGGAAAUGGGGUCUACGACCAUAAAUUGUUUUAUAAGGUAAACGGUCACCGUAAUCACUUCUUAACUAAAAGGGUCCCUUUAGGAAAGCGAUUUCCUAAGUAUUAAGACUUGAUUCUCCUUGUCAAUAGCAAAUCGAUGACUUCAGGGUUUUCACACAAAAAAUACAUUUUGAACUGGACAUGUCCCCUAUAGAUAAGUAUUCAUAUGGAAUUUCUUUAUUUUGUCAGUGAAACUGCCUGCUAAUUAAAUACAAAAAAGUACUGUUUUGCAUCACCCGCAUAUCUCAGGUUGGAUUUGAGAAGUGCCCCUUGGGCACAGAACCUUUAGGAAUUAAGUUUCUACAACUCUCCCAGAGUUCCCAGCUUGGUGUUUCAGACUUCAUAUUGCAUUCCUGCAGUUACACUAUGCAAUGGACACUGUAGUCCAUGGCAGGUUUCUGAUCACCGAUCCUUUUGGAUCGUAGUCCAUGCUUUGAUUUUAAAAAAGAAAAAUGUAUUUUUAAACAGUGUCCAUAACUCAGGAUAUGCAGAUAAUGCAUAACAGUAAUUUUUGUAUUUGCACUGUGGGGAAUUAUCGUGUUUGGUCUCACCACAAUCUUUUU